GGGGCAGGGAGGAGAGGGAGCAGGCUUUCAAAGGCAGCGCCGAGGUCCGCUCAGGGUGCCCCCCGGGUCUGCUUCGUGCCAGCCAGGUCCUCUCGGCGUGCUCUCCAUUCCUACUCGCACGGACAGCUCUCCCCUCCACCGACUGCCGCCAUGGAAGCCAUCAAAAAGAAGAUGCAGAUGCUCAAACUGGACAAGGAGAACGCUCUGGACCGGGCGGAGCAGGCCGAGGCAGAGCAGAAGCAGGCGGAAGAGAGGAGCAAGCAGGUGGGCAGCCGCUGGGCUCGGCUGUGUGUGCUGGGGGGCGGGGAGGAGCUUUGUGGUAGGGUCCUGGAUUCGAAUUCUGACUUAGCUCAUCACGGAUACCCUCAAGUCAACUGGUCUGGUUUCUGUUUCCCCCAGGCAUAGUUCAGGCAUAGCCAAACUUGGCCCUCCAGAUGUUUUGGGACUACAAUUCCCAUCAUCCCUGACCGCUGAUCCCGUUAGCUAGGGACGGUGGGAGUUGUAGUCCCAAAACAGCUGGCGGGCCAAUUUUGGGCAUGCCUGCUCUAGAUGAUCCUUGUGGUCCCUUCCGACUUCUGUGAUUCGGUGGUGUCUGGCGCUGAUGGGAACUGGAGUCCAGAAACAUCUGGAGUGAUACGGAUACAUCCCCGCUUUAUAUCUCUGGAGGUGCAUUUCACAUGUGGUCCCUGAUGGGUUGGAACAGGGCUGGCUUGCAAGUGGGGAUCUUGCAGCCCUCCAGAUGUUGAGGAACUACGAAUCCCAUCAUCCCUGACUGUUGGCCACCACAGCUGAUAGACCCUGGCAUCCAACAACACCAGUUUUUGCUUCGGCUUCAAAAAAAUAAAAUUGAAAAAUUAAAAAUUGGGCUGUUCUCCAUUUUCAAACUAGGGACGCGGGUGGCGCUGUGGGUAAAACCUCAGUGCCUAGGACAUGCCGAUCGCAUGGUCGGCGGUUCGAAUCCCCGCGGCGGGGUGAGCUCCCGUCGUUUGGUCCCAGCUCCUGCCCACCUAGCAGUUCAAAAGCACCCCCAAGUGCAAGUAGAUAAAUAGGUACCGCUUUAUAGCGGGAAGGUAAUGGCGUUUCCGUGCGCUGCGCUGGUGCUGGCUCGCCAGAGCAGCUUCGUCAUGCUGCCCACGUGACCCGGAAGUGUCUGCGGACAGCGCUGGCUCCCGGCCUCUAGAGCGAGAUGAGCACGCAACCCCAGAGUCGGACACAACUGGCCCGUACGGGCAGGGGUACCUUUACCUUUACUUUUACCAUUUUCAAAGCAGCAAUUUCUUAUUUGGUUUUCAUAAAUAUGGGAUCAAUGGAAAGUGGGACCUAAAAAUUUGGGGUUUCUGUUGAAAAGACAACUCACACAGAGAAAUGAAUAGCCUUAAAUGAGGUCAUGGCCAUUUAUAUCAAUGGGUCUAGUCUGAGUAGGGCUGUCACUGGCUACAUACAGGCUACGGUUUCUGCCUGAGACUGGACCACAAGGUCCUAUUGACAACUAAGCCUCCAGCAUUCCUUUUAAAUUGCAGAGUUCCAUCCUGGAUCAUGUGAACUAACCUCUGCAGAGGAGCCCCUGAGCAUGUGCAGAGUGCUUGUCCAUCUAAUGUUUGCCUGAGGUCCCCUUCCCUUAAUUCCAGGUUGGCUCUGAUGGUGGUUACCCACUGGCAAGAGAAUUGCACUCUGCAUAUGUACAGAGGGCCUUUCCCCUUGAGUUAGCACAACUCACAGCUCACAUCCCUGUGGGUGUCAGAUGGACCAGCCACUGUGUGCCCCCGACUUGAUCAGCAGCAUGGGGGAAAUGCACUCUGUGUAUGCUCAGAGAUAUGGCCGACCGUCCACUGAAAAGACCCCCAAAGCCAAAUUCCUGAUCUGAAAAUAGUUGCAGGGAGUCCUCAUCGCUCAGCAGUACAGGAAGAGGCCUCUGCGUACAUAUAUUAUUUAUUUAUUGCAUUCAAUAGCAGGGACCAGGAAUUUUGUUCGGACUGCCUUUUUUUUUGAGGCCAAAAGGGCUUUACACUCUUUUUUGAUUUUGAAAUAAGAUGGAGGUAAGUAGUUUAAUCCAGCGUUUCUAUAGGCCAAAGAAGUGUUCCUUAAGCGUCCCUACCAGGACAGACUUUGCUCGUGUGCUCAAGACAUCGAUUCCAUAAAUCAUAUUUUGUUGCAUUGUGCAAAAUAUGAGCAGGCCAGGGCUCAACUGAUACUACCCUUGCUGGUACCUUUCCCGGGAAAAUCAGAGGCUCACUAUGUCAGGUUCCUACUGGAAGACCGGACAAAAGCUAGAACGUUAGCAGUGGCAAAGUUUUUAUUGGUGGUUGCAAGAACAAAUGAGCCCUAUAUUCUAAACAAAAUACUUGAUUCACCUGGAGGUAGGCUGUAUGAAUUGUGUAUUGAUUUGUAAUGAUUUGUUGGGUCUCUGGACUGUAAUAAAGAUUGAUUGAUUGAUUAUUUCUUGCAUUUAUAUAUCCCACCUGUUUCUCCACGAACCUCAAGGUUGUGUAAAUGGUUAUUGCCUUCCACAUUUAACAAUAACCCUGCGAGGUAGGUUAGGCUGAGAGGCAGUGAGUUGCAGUGGUUAACCCCCAGCACAGACUAAACCUUCGCACUCACCUCUCCUUACCUGUGUCGGUGGGUUUUUUGAUGAGUUUAUAGGAACGGAGAAAGAAGGUGAGGAUGAUGGAGGGCAGAAAGAAUCUGGGACCGGCUUGGCUCCUUUCUCCAGAGAGUUCCAGUUUCACAUUCCUUAUGCUUGACAAAGUCUUGGCAAACAAAGGAAGGAAGGACUGGGUGGGUGGGUGGCGUUGCUGCCUACCCACCCCGUGAUCAGGAUGGCUUCAGGGUGACCAAACAGCUGACAAUAGGGGAGAGAAAGGGGGCAUGUGAGGAUGGGCGUAUUAUAUUCUGCAUUUCCAGACAGGACUGAGAUUCCCCAUCACACACAGCAGGGAGCUGGGUUUGAACAGAAGAGCGUCCUGGGGGGGGUGUCAAACCAAAGCAUCCUGCACCCCCCCUCUCCUACACAUCCGCCAGUCAGAUGCCUCCAGGAAGCCCACAAGUGGGGCAUGAGAGCAACAGCGCCUCCAGGGGGCUUGUUCUCAGAAUCGAGGAUGCAAAGGUAGACUGCCACUGUAGGUGGAGGUUUUGCAUUGCAUCCCAGACUACUCCAGCUCAGGUUAGAACCAUUGAAGUUAAUGGUUCUUUCCUUCCACUCUGCCACUGCCCUCUCUCUGCGAAACCAUCUCUCUCUCACAGCUCAGUCGGCAGAGCGCGGGGCUCUUAAUCUCAGGGUUGUGUGGGUUCGAGACCCGCAUUGGGCAGAAGAUUCCUGCAUCUCCCUGAGUCAUUUUAUUUUCAUCCAGGAUUCAUUCUCUAAGGUGUGCAAGCUAACCCCUUGGAAGGGAAGGGAAUAACGUGGUGCUGAGCUUAGAAAAUACAGAAAGACAAAUACAGCGGUACCUCGGGUUAAGUACUUAAUUCGUUCCGGAGGUCUGUUCUUAACCUGAAACUGUUCUUAACCUGAAGCACCACUUUAGCUAAUGGGGCCUCCCGCUGCCACCGUGCCACCGGAGCACGAUUUCUGUUCUCAUCCUGAAGCAAAGUUCUUAACCUGAAGCACUAUUUCUGGGUUAGGGGGUUAUGUAACCUGAAGCGUAUGUAACCUGAAGCAUAUGUAACGCGAGGUAACACUGUAUGACCGUCUUAGGGCCUGGAUCCCCUAUUCCAACCCUACCGCUAGCAAAAUACUUUUUUUUUCUUUUCUCAAUUAGAGAAUAUGUAAUAUCCUGCGGGGGGGGGGGGGUUGGACUAGAUGACCCCUCCAAAUCUGCCAUUCUGUGAUUCUGCUAUUCUUUCUCCCUGUCCCACCCCCUUUUUCUUCCAUGUUUUCACCUCCUUGCCAUCCUCUUGCAACAAGACCCCGGUGGCCACAUCCAGAGGGCCUAAAAGCUUCCCCAUCUCCAAUUCUGGCAUUACAAGAUAGAGUGCCUCUGGACAUGGAGGUUCUCUCUUAGCCACACGGGUGAAUCGCCACCGGUUAUACAUCCACAAAUCUGCCUACUUUUUAAAAAACUGGCCUGUAAAUAUUCAGGUCAUACACAAACCAUAUGUUUAAAAGCACUCUUAUAAUACUUGACCAUAGCUGUCAACCUUCCCUUUUUUUGCAGGAAAUUCCCUUAUUCCUGCGCCGUUUCCUGCUGCUUCCCGCUGCUAUCCCGGAUUGUUAGAUAUCCCAUAGACUGUCCCCGGGACAUGUGAGGCUGCUGAUCCCUUACAGUGGUACCUCGGGUUAAGUACUUAAUUCGUUCCGGAGGUCCGUUCUUAACUUGAAACUGUUCUUAACCUGAAGCACCACUUUAGCUAAUGGGGCCUCCUGCUGCUGCCGCACCGCCGGAGCACGAUUUCUGUUCUCAUCCUGAAGCAAAGUUCUUAACCUGAAGCACUAUUUCUGGGUUAGCGGAGUCUGUAACCUGAAGCGUAUGUAACCUGAAGGGUAUGUAACCCGAGGUACCACUGUAUUUUCAAAUCUGAAAGUUGACAGCAAUGUACUUGACGAGCUGUGGCUUCCCACCCACCCCAAGAAUCCUGGGAACUGUAGUUUGUUAAGGGAGCUGAGAGGGGUUAGGAGACCCUUAACAAUCUACGGUUCCCAGGAUUCUUUGAAGGAAGCCACGAUCUUUAAAGCAGAAUACAAGCUCUUUCAAUGUGUGCUGCGUAUGCGACUAGGUUGCUCAAGCCGGUUUGCGAUGCAGCCAGCUCUGCUAUCGGGCAGUCCCAUCUGGAGCAAACGUCUGUUAAAAUAAGGACUUGUGUUCCUACACGCCCAGGUUAGACUGGAUAUGAAAUGGGGGGAAGAAAAGGGUUUUGUCGGGAGGAGGAAUGUCUAGGACGCCGGAGAUUGCGUGUUGUUUUGACCUUGCCUGGAGGCAGGGCAGAAGAGAUCGAGUCAUGUUUCGUGUCUAUUCAGGCUGGAAGAGCAAAGGGAAUUUAGAAAUGGGGAAUCUCUCUAUCUGCACUUUGAGAAGCCUCUCAUGGUAUCCUUUUAAGGCGAUGAGGAACUAUGGCAGGGAGGCGGGGGUAGAGAGGGAGAGAGGAACACCCGAAUCAGUUGCAUAAACUGGACAUUAUUGUAUAAAGUCCCUUCCACUCUGUUUGGCCGCAGAACCCUCUGAAAGGAACACAGUGCUGGACAUUUAAAGUGUGGUGUAGUGGUUAUAGGGUCGGACCGGAACCUGGGAGAGACCAGGGUUCGAAUACCCCAUUUGACCAGUAUAUCUGAAGGAGUGUCUCCACCCCCAUCGUUCUGCCUGGACACUGAGGUCCAGCGCCGAGGGCCUUCUGGCGGUUCCCUCGCUGCAAGAAACCAAGUUACAGGGAACCAGGCGGAGGGCCUUCUCGGUGGUGGCACCUGCCCUGUGGAACGCCCGCCCACCAGAUCUCAAAGAGAACAACAACUACCAGACUUUUAGACGACAUCUGAAGGCAGCCCUGUCUAGGGAAGCUUUUAAUGUUUGAUGCAUUACUGCAUUUUAAUAUUGUGUUGCAAGCCGCCCAGAGUGGCUGGGGAAACCCAGCCAGAUGGGUGGGGUAUAAAUAAUAAUAUAUUAUUAUUAUUAUUAUUAUUAUUAUUAUUAGCCGUGGAGCAUGCUGGUUGUGAGCUCGGGCCUAGCUGCUCGCUUGCAGCCUGACCCACAUUUCAGGGUUGUUGUCCAACCUCUCGCAAUACAAGAAUCACAGCUAAAUCAAUUAGCGAAGCUUCUGCUGUUGUGGCUGACACGGAAAUGCGGAUAAACUUAAUUCUGGGGAGAAACGAGAAACCAAACGGGACAGAUUUGGCCCUUCUUCCUCAGCGUUCAAGGUUCUAGGCCUCAAGAAGGACUGCGGACGUAUGGUAAACGCUACCUCCCCUUUCAUUUUGCAGCUGGAAGAUGAAUUAGCCGCCAUGCAGAAGAAGCUGAAGGGGACGGAGGACGAACUGGACAAAUAUUCAGAGGCUCUCAAAGAUGCGCAGGAGAAGCUGGAGCUGGCGGAGAAGAAGGCUGCUGACGUAUGUAUGGGUCUGGGGUGGAGGGACGCCCCUCUCUGAAUUUGUGCUCCCUAAGUAGGACUGUUUAUUCACCCAGCACUUUCGCAGGGCCAAACCACGUGGCUCGAAUGGCUGUGGGUCCUGCUGGGCAAAGGGCAGUCCCCUGUUUCAACCAUAGCUGUCAACCGUCCCUUAUUUGGCGGGAAACCCCCUUAUCCCAGCACCGUGUCCCGCUGCUGUCCCUUAUUGAUGAUGUCUCUUAAAUUUCCCAGGUAUCAAAAGUAGCAGCUCCUCUCCCUCCCUCCCUGCUGGCCAGGGAGGAGGGAGGCUCCAACUGUGUUGCUUGGCUGCGUUGCUCACCCAGUAAGGAGUCUAAGGACGACUGGGGGGUGGAGCUUGCAUGCCUUGUGCCGAUCAAAUCAGCCGCGUUGCCUGGGGACUCGCCUUUGCUCAGCGCUUCCCAGCGGAGAGGUGACGGCGGUUUUCCUUGCUGCAUCCCCUUUGCUGGGUUGCUGCACUGUGGGAACCACCGCUUGAGGCUUCGUUUGGCUGCUGGCUGGGCUUUCUGCCUUUGGCUUGGAGGGGCUCAGAAGUUGAACAUCCCUGUGCUCUGAAAAUCCCUUAUUUUGGCAGCUGAUCCCUUAUUUUCGAGGCUGCUGGUCCCUUAUUUUCAAAUCUGUAAGUUGACAGCUGUGGUUUCAACAGAGGCUGAGCCACUGGGGCGAAUGGGGCACUGCCCCAUAAACCUUGCUCUGCCUUUGGCCUGCCCCUCUCUUACUUGCAAGGGUGAGAGGGAGGUGGUCCUGUCUGACAUUUUUCUCCUUUUUCUUAGUCUCAGGGUUGCUCCUUCCAGAGCUCCACAGGGAGGAGAAGGAUGGGGGCAAAGUUAGAAUUAGUGGGCUCUGCCUGUCAUUGGCUCUGGCGCCACCUACUGUCAGGCUCCCCAACUUCUACCGUACCAGCUCCAAUGGGCACCAACUUUGCCUGUCCUUGAUUUUGAAGAGCUGCCUGGCCCCAAUUUGGGAUGAACGCUAAAGGACCUUAAGAAAGGAGGGCAGGGGAGACCCUUCUUAUGUCCAUUAUGUUAGGGGGAAAUUGAUUUGGGGAAAAUGUCUGUAUUAUAGGAAAUUGCUCACAAAAAUGUAUAUUUUAAGAGAAAUGCGCAUUAAAAUGCUGGUUUUUCUUUUUAAAAAAUUGCUAACUGACGUGGAAAUGUGGAGAAACAGACAUAAGAUAUGCAAAAUGAGAAAUGGAGAAGAACCAAAAUAGAUAGGUUUGCCCAUCUCCACCCUGAGGACAAAUCGACCCGGAAGCCACACAGUGCCAGGGUGUGAAAUGAGCUGGCAAGGAGAUUGACCCCCCCCCCCAUUUCCCGGCCUCUUGACAGGAAAGGCAGAAAGUGUGGGGAGCGGAAAGCGAGGGAAAAGGAAACACUCGGGUUCUGAAAAUAACCUUAUCUUUUCCAGCAAACGUUGCGGUUAGGCUCACCAAACCGCUGCUGACUUUUGCACAACGCCAGGAGCUACCCGGAGAACCAACUGUCCCCGGCUGGGUCUUUCCCCAGCAAUGUCUAUGCUUAAAAGCUCAAACACAGCUCCACGGUUGCCCACAGUGCUUAACUUACCAUCUAACACCGGGAACGCUAUUAGUAUCAUCAACAGCUGCUCGCCUGUGGCGACCAACGAGAGAAUUCAGGUGAACAAGCAGGCAGGUGUUUGCCAAAGAGAGUCUCCUUCGCUUUCUUUUAGAGCGGGGGGGGGGAAUCUCAUCUGUGGCCCUUCAGGCUACUCCAUCUGGCCCUCGGGAAACUCCCCAAGCCAUAGCGCCCUCACGAGCCGAGCUCUGCAGCCUCCCUGAGUGUUUUAGCCUGGGUGGAGCGUGUCCUUGAACGCCUCAAUCUUUGAGGAGUCCAGCAGCAUCUGGAGGGCACCAGGUUGGGGAUGCUUCUUUCCCAUUUUCUCAUAAUCUCUGUCCUAAACUAACGGGAAGGGAUGCAGCUCAGCAGUAGAGCAUUUGCCUUGCAUGCAAAAGGCCUCAGGAUCAAUCCUUGUCAUCUCCAGGGACUCUCGAUUUGAAGACUGGGACAGCCAGUGCCAGUUUGUAGACCAGGGGUGGGGAACCACAAGCUGGGGGGGGGCAAAUGCGGCCCUCCAGGCCUCUCUAUCUGGCCCUUCACUGGCCCUGUUUCACCCGCCUGCCCUGAGCAUUUUUGCCUGGCUGGGGCAUGUCCUUGAACUCCGAUCCUGCUUUUCCACACAGAGGACAGAGAGGGGUGUGUGACUAUGUGUACAAACCGGCCUACUUUUGCCUCUGGCCCUGCCCUCUGCCGGCAUGUGGCCCUUGGAAAGUUCCCCAUAAGGGGAAUGCGGCCCUUGAGAACCAGCAUGCCUGCUGUUGACAAUAUUGAGCUGGGUGAACUGAUGGCCCGAGUUGGCGCCAGACCAUUCCUGUAAAUGGGGAGAUGGACAGAGAACGUUGCUUGCCCAGGUCAUUGAGAAAUUCUCCUUAAAAGUGGAUUAUCUCAUGCACGGGAUGCAACUGGAAACUCUGAGUCACUUAGGAAAGGGUUCUGCCUCAAACCUGCCCCAAGAUUGACAGGCGGGACUUUGGGAUAAGUGGAAACCCAACCGGCCCUCUCCCGCUAAUGGCCGGGGAAGAGCUGGGAAAGUUAUGCAGUUCCCCACCAGCCUGCCCCACACUCCCUAUUCCUUGCAUUGUUGGUGGCAGUCUCUAGGAAAACAAUGGCGUCGAGUUUCUCCCCGAGCGAAGGUUGGCCCCAUCCGUCAAGCGGCUAAGGGCUGUCAGCGCCCGGAGCAGCUGCCACUUGGCAUUCGGAGGGGAUUAUCUGUACAGAUUUAUCGCCUAUGGGUGGGGGGGAUUGACGGACAUUUGAGCUUUUGCCACCUCCUGCCACCUAUCGCUUCCUUUUCUGGAGCCUGCUUGGUGGGGCAGAGUAAGAACCAGGGCUCCCCCGCCCAGCCUGAUCUCAGGUCUGGUACCUCUCAGGUGGGUGCCGUUGCCAUUCUAAGAGAACAAGGGAGAAGUUCGUGGUGAUCUCCGGCACCUCUUUUUCUAGAAAAAUAGCACUGGGAACAACAUAAGAGGAGCCCUGCUAGAGCGUGACACUGGUCAGCAUCCUGUGGCCAGAUUCUUUCAGGUAGCCCAUGGGACUACUAAUAUAUGCUGCUCAUCUGACUGGGUUGCUGCUCCUGGCGGCUUCCAACAAAAUAUUGAAACACACCAAAAUAUCUAACAUUAAAAACUUCCCUAAACAGGGCUGCCUUCAGAUGUCUUCUAAAAGUCAGAUAGUUGCUUAUCUCCUUGACAUCUGAUUGGAGGACGUUCCACAGGAAGGGCGCCACUACCGAGAAGGCCCUCUACCUGGUUCCCAGUACCCUCACUUCUCAUAGGGAGGGAACCACCAGAAGGCUCUUGGCGCUGGAUCGCAGCGUCCGGGCAGAACGAAGGGAGUGGAGACGCUCCUUCAGGUAUACUGGACUGAGGCCGUUCAGGGCUUUAAAGGUCAGCACCAAGACCUUGAAUUGGGCUCAGAAACUGGGAGCUAAUGUAGAUCCUUUAGGACCAUUGUUAUAAAGUCCUGGUGGCCGCUCCCAGCCGCCAGUCUGACAGCCGCAUUCUGGAUUAGUUUAGUUUCCGAGUCACCUUCAAAGGUAGCAUGAAGGCAAGAGCACUCCCUCACGGUAACCUAUGUUCCUAUAAACAUACAAAGAUAAGGAUUGGACCCUGCCCUGACACCCCAGAAAGCCACCACCAGUCAGUGGAGACCGUACUAAGCUAGAUGAACCAAUGGUUUGACUAGGGUGACUUUUUAUGUUCUCUAUAAGAAGUUAGGGAAUUAGAGAGUGGAGGGAUGGCCCUUUCUCCAAAUUAAAUUUGGAAACAUCUAACAUAAGAAGGGGACGCAGGUGGCGCUGUGGAUUAAACCACAGAGCCUAGGACUUGCCGAUCAGAAGGUCGGCGGUUUGAAUCCCCACGAUGGGGUGAGCUCCCGUUGCUCAGUCCCUGCUCCUGCCAACCUAGCAGUUUGAAAGCACGUCUAAGUGCAAGUAGAUAAAUAGGUACUGCUCUGGCGGGAAGGUAAACGGCAUUUCCAUGCGCUGCUCUGGUUCGCCAGAAGCGGCUUAGUCAUGCUGGUCACAUGACCUGGAAGCUGUACGCCGGCUCCCUCGGCCAGUAAAGCGAGAUGAGCGCUGCAACCCCAGAGUCGGCCACGACUGGACCUAAUGGUCAGGGGUCCCUUUACCCUUUACCUUUAACAUAAGAAGAGCCUAGCUGGUGAAACAGGUCAAUGGCCCAUCUAGUCUUGAAUCUUGUUCUCACAGCAGCCAAUCAGAUGCCCCAAUGAGAAGCUCAAAAGCAGGACUUGAGCACAAGAGCAGCUCUCCCUUCCGGUAUUUUGCCUCUGACUUUGGAGGCAGAACAUAGCCAUCAGGCUUUGUGGCCACUGAUAGUCUCACUAUUCUCAAUGGAUUUGUCUAAUCCUCGUUGAAAGCAAUUCAAAUUGGUGGCCGCCAGUGGAUUGGGGCAUGAGAAAGUGUAUGCUGCAGUACUGGGCAAAUUUUAGGGGGUAGUUUGUGCCUCGGGGCUGCAUCUUUGCAUGGGUGCCCUUCUACUGGCCCAAGGUCACCCAGUGAGUUUCAUGACUGAGCAGGGAUUUAAACCCUGGUCUCUCCCAGGGCCUAGUCCCAAAUUCCUAUGCCCCACAAAUAACCCAGAGAUGCAUUUUAAAUAAAAGCACACAUUCUACUCAUGCAAAAACACCAGGCAGGCCCCACAAAUAACUCAGAGAGGCAUCUUAAAUAAAAGGACACAUUCUAAUGUAAAAACAUGCUGAUUCCUGCACCUUCUGCGGGCCGGACUGAGAGGCGAUUGGGCCACAUCCGGCCCCCGGGCCUUAGUUUGCCUACCCAUGGCAUGGCCUAGUCCAACACUCAAACCGCUACUGCCCACCGGCUCAUUACUGACGACGCAACAGCAGUGCAUCUGUAGCCGAUUUAUUCUGGCUCACAGAUCCUCCAAGUGCCUCCAUUUUCCAAGGACAGUCCCAGAUUUACAGACGCUGUCCCAGUUUUUUAUUUGAUCCCAGAAUGUCCCGCCUUUCCUUAGGAUGGCCCUAUUUUCAUCGGAGAAAUGUUGGAGGGUAUGGAGCUAUGCAACCCCUGAGCCUUUAGGAAACAUCUGAAGGCCGUAUAGGGAUUUUUUUUUUAAAUUUAAAAAAUAUUUUUACAUAUGUUGGAAGCCGCCCAGAGUGGCUGGGGCAACCCAGUUGAAUGGGCAGAGUAUAAAUAACAAAAGUAUUAUUAUUAUUAUCAUUGUGGAAUAAGACGUCCCUAUUUUCAUCGGAGAAAUGUUGGAGGAUAAUCUCCACAUUGUUCUGCUUUAUUCUGAGAUGCUUCCACAUUAUCUUGGGGUUGGGGGUUCUUUUGCUGUAGCCAGAAUAUUUGUGGUACAGUAUAAAAAUUUAGAGGAUUUCAGCACGAUGGUAUGGGACCCAUUGGAAACAAAGCAGCGUGUCCGUACCAAAACUCUUGCAGGGGACGAAUAGUUUUGAAAGCGGGAUCGCGCAUGACUGCUGUGAUAGCAUCAUGAGCACAAAUACUCAUGAAUGCACAAUGAACAGGACAUGGAAGGGUCUCAGAUCAUUGAUUCCCCCUCCACCUUGUUUCGGCUAGUUCCUGCCUCCCCACAUGUGCCCAGCAGAGGGGGCCAGAGAACACAUCCCUUUCUCCACAGUUACUGAGGAAAAGGUCCUUCAAUCCCAUUAAGCAGCCCAGGAAUUUAAAUAUGGAGUGCUUGGGCUGGUGGGGUUUCGUUCUCUGAGAUCUGCUGCACAGUACUGGCUGGCUGUCAACACAUGGGAGGAAGGCCCAAGAAGAAACAUUAGCUGCGAGUUUCUUGAGCGGCCUAACCACUUCAACGCCCCAUAGGGGGGCUCCAGGAGGGUGAGAGUAACCUCAGAAGCCCGGUCUCGGUGCCAAGGAAUGCUCAGCACUCCUUGGGUGCUAAUUGCAAAGUCAGGAUCAGUAUGCUGACCCCGCUGGAAGGAGGAAGGAGGAAGGAGUGACGGGUGCCAAAAAGGCUUUGCGGGAGAGAUUCCCGAGACUUCCUCCAACCGACUCCAGAUGGCUGCUCAUCCCCCAGGCCGAUUUACGGCUGAAGGGCUAAAUUGAGACGCUGGGGGGGGGGGAGGUGGAGAGAGGCAGACACCUCAAGGAAGGAAUGCUAUGUGCCCCCCACACAUACCCCUGAAGGCUUGGUUAGCUAUGGGCCAACCUUUUAGAAAAUGAAAUAAAAUCAAAAUUCUGCAUCACUAAUGCAUGCUCAGCAACAAUAGUUGAAUUCUGCACCCUGGGUAUGUUAUGCAAAUGUGAUUUGCACAAUUUAAUCUGUUUUGCAUAACUUAUUCUGAUUUUUUUCAAAGCUACUAUUGCAUAAUUACCCCCCUCCCAUUUUCUAGUAUAGUGAAGAAGUUGCAAGGAGCUAUGUGAAGCGCUGCCCUCUGACAUCUGGGACUCUUCAGGUUCAAACCCACCAUUUCCCCAAGCAUAUCUUCACAGAACAAUAAGGACUAGUAACUUUUUAAAACUUUUUUUAAAAAAAGUUCCAAGGAAGGUGAAUCUUGCUCCUUCGUUGUCAGAGGCAGUGUGCUUCUGGAUACCAGGUGUUGGAAACAGAAGGAGGGUAUUAUUUGUAGUUUCCAAGUCACCUUCAAAGGUAGCCCCAUGUAGAGCACAUUGCAGUAGUCCAAGUGGAACAUAACCAGAGCAUGUACCUCUGAUGAGACAGUCUCAGCCGGUGUACCAGAUGGAAUGGGUAGACAGCUGCCCUGGACUCAGAAAUGACCUACUCCUCCAAAAUUACUCCCGGGCUGCACAUCUGGUCAUUUAGGGGUAGUGUUAACCCAUUCAGAACCAGGGAAUCCCCCCCCCCCCGCUUGUCUCUCCCCUGUCCCCUGGAAACAGUGUUUCUGUCUUGUCAGGAUUCAACCUCAAUCUGUUAGAUGGUACCAGUGUCUUGACUAGUCCAUCUAGCACUUUGUGUGCUCCUAUUUAAAUCAGCCUUUUUCUUGAAACGAUAAGAACUAGAAUCUUGCUUUAUUUAUAGCGGGAAAGACCAUAAUUCAGUGGCAUGUCAAAACUCCCGGGUUCAAACUCUAGCAUCUCAUGGUAGGGGUGGGGAAGACUCCCGUGUGAAACCCCAGAAAACUGCUGCUAGGCAUUACAAUGAGUGUAACAUAGCUUCCUAUGUUGCUUCAAUGGCUGCUAGCUCUGAUGGCCGUGCCAUUCUUCUGCACUCAGAGGCAGUAAGGCUUCUGACUGCCAGUCAGAGGGGGACUGGCUCCUGUGUGUGGGUCUUGCUUGUGGGUUACCCAUUGAGACCAUCUGGAAGGCCAUUGUGAUGGAUGAUGGACUAUGUGGAACACUGGCCCAAUCCAGUAGGUUCUUCUUAUGAUUCCAAGGCUGGAGGCCUAGACAGACGUUUGGUCUGAUCCAACAGAACUUUUUACCUUCUCAGGUUCUUAUUCACAAUUCCAUUCCCAUCCUCAAGAUACUGAAUCCGGAUUUUGAAACGGGAGUGUCACCCGGCUGUUUAAGUUAUUUCGUGUUUCAUUUUAGUCUUGCGCAUGGAGACAGAAGUGGGAUCAAGCCUGCGCCGUUCUUGUCUGCUGAACCGAAAACUCUCCUUAUUAGUUCUCAGCCAGGAAAGGCCUGCAGAGUUUGAUAAGGGCGCUUCUACACAACUCUUUCUGACUAGCAGGGUGGACAGCGUGCUCUAAAACCGGCUGCAUUGCCUUGUUCCAAGGGAAACGGCAUACAAAUUAGAGCUGGAUGUUCCCGCGGUGCCUUGACGCACCAGGCAAAUGCCACUUGGUCAAAUAUGUGUAACCCACAGCCAUAACUGGCAGCAAAGCCAUCUGGAAACUAGAGUCUCAGAUCUUCCAUUGAUCAGGGAAAGGGGGAGCAGGCUUGUAAGAGGGUGAUGUAUGUGUGUGCAUGCGUGCGUGAGUGAGUGAGAAGAAAGACCUCACUGGAAUGGAAUGUUUCCCAGCCUUGCUUCAUCUCCCAGUAAAAAACCCCAGAUGCUGUUUUGCAAAGGUUGAGUUUGGCUCUCUUGUGCCCAUAUAUGUACCUAGCUGUCCUUGCAGUCUUCAGGCCUAGGCUCCUAACUCCCCCCCCCCCUUCCUUUAUGGUAGCAGAUCUGCCAACAUGCAGGAGUGGAUGGGAAAGGUCAGAGGAAUUAGUAAGGCCAAAAAGUUUUUUUAAAAAACUGUGUGUGUGUGAUGGUUAGCACAUCAUGCUUUGGGAGAGUGUUCCGCUGAAGCCUGUUAGGGAUGGGGAAGAAAUUCAAUUCAGUUCGCGUUUAAACACUGUAACUCGUGGGUGUCCAAGGAAGCUAAAUGCUGGGAGAUCUGGGACAGAUAAAAGGAAGGGGCUUCUUCAAAUGGCACUGGGAUUUGCUUUCGAAGGAAGCAGUGAUGGCUACCAACUUGGAUGGCUUUAAAAGGGGAUUGGAGAAACCCAUGCCGGUGGCUACCAGCCACAAUGGCUCGGCACUGCCUCCAUGGUUGCUGCAAACUACCGCAGGGGAGAAUGCUUUUGUGGCUCUGGGUUUCCCACAGCGUCUCUUCAGCCAAUCUGAGAGCAGGAUGCAGGACUCGGUGGGCCCUUGGCUGGAUCCAGCAGGCCUUUCUUAUGUUCUUAGGCUUUCCGGGCUGGUGGAGCUCGUGAAUGGUAACCGUAGGAAUGCUUUGAGGUCUACGACACGGCUGGGGGGCCACCCAGAUGGGCUUCCAACUUGCUCCGGCCCCUAUUUUUCCUUGGAAGCAAAACCCCAUGGAUUUCAGUGGCCAGCAGCAUCAGGGUUGGCCAGUGUGAGGACAGGAUGGACCGCCGGCCGGAUCCGGCAGCUAGACACUUCUGAGGUGCAUCUGCAGCACGCAGGCUUCACUGGGACGGGCCCUUCACUGGCAGGCGACCCCCAUUGCUUUUCAACAGGCCUACAAAGGGGGCUGGGAGGGUUCUCGUGCCUCCCACCCUCCCUUGCAAAGGGGCCAGCCCCACUGGAGGAGCCCCCACUGCUUUUCCCCUUUGUUGGUGGGGCUGGCGGUGGGUGUGGCGGAGCGAAUGGAGGAGGAUGCUGAGGUUUUUCUCUCUCUUUUUUUUUAACCGAGACUGGCCUGGCGGCCUGCUCCCGUUGCCAUGGCAACCCUGCAGCUGGAGUUAGAGCCGGGCAGGGAGGAGGCGGCGGCGGCCCCGCCUUCAUCCGGGGCCCUCGGCGGCCGCGUGACGUCACCGAGAAGGCGGGAGGGGGCGCCGCCUCCCGGGUAUUUCAGGGCGGGGCGCGGGGGCUGUCGGGAGCGGCGGCGGCGCGGACGGAGUGGAGAGCAGGGGCGGGCCGGGGCAGGAGAAGCAGGCAAGUCUGUGGCCAUGGCCGGGGCGACCACCAUCGAGGCGGUGAAGCGCAAGAUCCAGGUGCUGCAGCAGCACGCCGACGAGGCCGACGAGCGAGCCGAGAGGCUGCAGAGGGAGGCGGAGGCCGAGCGCCGCGCCCGGGAGCAGGUAGGACGAGGGGGCGCCCCGGGGGGACGGGCGGGCCGGGGCCAGGGAGGGCAGCAGCUGCUACCCAGAACCCUCUGCGCUUGGCCAUUCUCCCAGAACCCUCUGCGCUUGGCCAAAGUGGCUCUCAAGCCUUGCCCUGCCCUUAGCUGCUUUAGGCCACCAGCAGGAUUAAUUCGGAGGCCCGUCUCGGCCCAACUGAGUUCUCCUCAGAGAGGACCCCACUGAAAUUUAGCCAUGCUCCUUCUCCAUCAAUGGUUCUUCUUCGAGUAAGGGACGCGGGUGGUGCUGUGGGUUAAACCACAGAGCCUAGGACUUGCCGAUCAGAAGGUCGGCGGUUUGAAUCCCCGCGACGGGGUGAGCUCCUGUUGCUCGGUCCCUGCUCCUGCCAACCUAGCAGUUCGAAAGCACGUCAAAGCACAAGUAGAUAAAUAGGUACCACUCCGGCGGGAAGGUAAACGGUGUUUCUGUGCGCUGCUGUGGUUCACCAGAAGCGGCUUAGUCAUGCUGGCCACAUGAUCCAGAAGCUAUCUGCAGACAAACACCGGCUCCCUCGGCCUAUAGAGCGAGAUGAGCGCACAACCCCAGAGUCGUCCGCAACGGGACCUAAUGGUCAGGGGUACCUUUACCUUUAAGGCAUCGGGCUUGGACUCCAGGUUUCCCACGGUGGGGCAUCUGGAGACCCUGUAAGGGUUGGGCUUGAGUACCAGUUGUCUGCCGGGCCUCAUCCUCUAGGGGUAGGCUGGCUGCUCCUACACAUGGGUGCUCUGUUUGGGGAACAUCGGAAGCUGCCUCCUACUGAGCCAUUGGUCCAUCUAGCUCAGUGUUGUCUACACCGAAGGGUGGCAGAUUUCAGGCAGGGAGUCUUUUGUGACAUUACCUGGAGGUGCCUGUUGAGGAUUGAACCUGGGACCUUAUGCACGCAAGGCGGAUGCUCUGCCACUGAUCCACGGCUCUGCUCGUAAGAAGAUCUGUUCUGGAUUGGGCCAAGGGUCCAUUUAACUCUGCAUCCUUCCCACCCACCCAUCUUGCCUCUGCCGCUCCUCAUCAGAUGCUUUGCAGGAAGCUCCCAAGCCCUCUCCUACAUGUGAACCCCCAAAAGCCUUAUGCACAAGCCUACUGCGUCUGAUCCUGGAGCUGGCACAUAGUCAGUAUGGCUAGUGGCUAUUGCUAGCCUUAUUCUUCAUGAACUCAUCUAUUUUUGUUUCCAAGUUGGUGGGCGUCGCUUCAUCUUGUGGCAGCAGAUUUCCUACUGAGCGAAGGAACUCCUUCAUUUGGGCUGUCCUGAAUCUCUCCAGCUUCAUUGACUGAUACUCACUCCCCAGAUUCUAGGAUUAGUUUUCUUCCCUAUCCAUUUUCUCCACACCACGUAUGUAGUCUUAUGCACCUCUGCCAUACACCCCUCCUUUAAAAGCCCCAGAUGUUUUAGUCUUUCCUCACAUAGGGAAGUAGCUCAGUGGUCUUGCCAGGAAACUAAAAUGGAGCCAUCACACGUAUGAAAGCCUGAGAAGAGCUUUUGUUGGGCCACUCCAGAGAGAUCCCAUCAUCCAGCUGUGGCCCUUGCAGGUUGCCUCUGGGGAGCCCUUAAGUGAGGGGUUGAUGAAGGCAAGAGUUCCUUUCCUGUUUGUUUGUUUUUAAUCCCCUAGCGACUGGUGUUUUUGAAAAUUUCUUGGUGGUAUUCUGCCUUGAAACGUGGGAGGCUCCUAUUUAACCAUUGCGGCUGUAAGCUGUGCAGCUUAAGAUUCUCACUGGAUUGGGUAGAAAGUCUAGCAUCCAAACAGUGGUAUGGUCCCCUGUCUUCUUCCCUCUUGGUCUCUAAUUAGCUGCUUCUAGAAGCCCCUUACCAAGGAGGAAGGUGAUGCAUGUUUACUGCUCCCUGAACACUAGGCAGCCUGUGACUAUCAGAACAUACAGCCUGCUGGAUCCGGCCAGGGGCCCAUCUGCCCCAGUAUCUUGCCUUCUCAGUGGUCAACCAGAUGCCUGUGGGACGCCCGCAAACAGCCCCUGAGCACAAGAGCCACUCUCCCCUCCUGUGGUUUCCACCAAGUGGUUUUCAGAAGCAUUACUGCCUUCCAAGUGUGCAGGCAGAGCAUAGCCGUUGUGUUUAGUAGCCAUCAACAGCCCUGUCCUCUGUGAAUGUGCCUAAUCCUCUUUUAAAGCAGUCUAGGUUGGUGGCCGGCGCUGCCUCCUGUAGGAGCGGGCUCCAUAGUUUUAACUAUGUACUGCCAUGGUGGUUACAUUCUUGGUCAUCGUCUUUCUCAAGAACAUAAGGACUGUUGUGUCUCAUCAGAGCACAGUCCCAACUGGAAAGGUCACAAAUGAAUGGUGAAGGUGAUGGCAACCGCCCCCCCCCACAUUGCUCAUUUUCAGCCUUUUGGUGUUCGGAAAUAAACUGCUUUUGAGCUUGGAGGCUCUGUAUGGAGCUGUCCUGCCUCUUUCUUCCAGAAGAACCAUACUGGAUUAGGCCGAGGCUCCAUCCUACCCAGCGUCUCGUUUCCUGCGAUGGACGCUGGAUAGAUCCCUCCAGGCAAUUCAGAGAAGGCCACUGCCUUCCUUUUGUUUUGUUCCUGGUGCCUGAUAUUCAGGGGUAGACUGCCUCUGCACCUGGAGGUUCUGUUUUGCUGUAGGGCAGCUCUUCCCUCUCUUCCUCUCUGUCGCUCUGAUGUAUAGUGCAAAGGUAUACUAGGAAGCCCCGAAGCAGGGCGUGGCAACAACAUCCCCCUCUCAUUCUCCCAAGCAAGGAACAAUGAGCGCUCUUUUAUUAAAAAGCUUGCGAUAUUACAUCUUGUUGUGAACCCAGUGCCUUUUAAUUAUAUCGUGCGUGAAGAUCAGAGGCUGCAAAAUGCCUAGGUUUGCAGGGGAGGAGUUGGGUGCUCUCGGCCAGAUGGACAGAGCAGCUCCAGGAGAGAAUUGUAUGUGAAUUCAGGCCAAUGGUGCCCAGCGUCAACCUUGCUGAGCAUAAGGGUGGGCCCACAACUUGGCAGCAGAGCUCUUGCUUUGCUCUUCCUCCAUGGUAUCUGAAUACCAAUUUCUGGAAACCACAAGAACGGGGAGGGCCCUUGUGAUCUGGUCUUGGCUGCAGGUUUCCCCACAGGCAUCUAGGCAGCGUCUGCAAGAACAGGAUGCUGAACUAAAUGGGGCUUUGGCCCUGAUCCAGCAGGCUCUUAUGUGGUUGGAAUCCUGGCGUUUCCAGUUGAAAAGCACUAGGGAGCAGAGGCUGGGGAAGACUUUUGAGUGCGGGAAACUCCAGAGUGCUGUUGCAAGGCACCCAGUUCUAUAUAAGGCAGAGACUUUGAAACAGGAACAUAAAGUCACCUCGUCCUUUCUUAUUCUGGGAGCCUUGAAUGGGCAGUAGAUUAUGGAUGAGGAACCUCUGGCCUGUCCUCUUGGUGCUCCAGUGCCACGCCCCUGUCCAGUCUGAUCUGGUGACCCUCCCUGGCUGCUUUACCCUGCUGAAAAUGUGUCCUUAAAUGGUGAUCGUUCUUGUUGGCUUGGUUGGAGAGAGAUGUAUAGGUGCGUGUUUAGAAACCUCUCAAUUUUGUGUGCAAAGCUGCCCAUUUUGACCCGUUGCCCUGGCCACUACUGGUGUGUGGUCCCUGGAAGACUGCCCAUGUGGGGAUAUGGCCCUUGGGCUCAGAAAUGCACCCCCCUGCAAAUAGGAACCAGAAGAGACCGCAAGUCCUAUCCUUAGUGGGGCAUAGGUUUGGUGGGGAAUAAUGUGUGGUGCAAACCAGUGAGGAAUUCUGGGUAGAUGCUGGGGUGUGUCUGUGUUUUUUCCAUAGUGUGUGAUCUUUCUUUUUGAGUGCCUAAAUGCAUUACUCGAGAUAGCUAUCAAUAAUAGAAUACAAGAAAGUACACCCCCCCCAAAAAACCUCAAUUAUUAUCAGAGGGCUGUAGACCUAUUGGAAAGAAUGAGCUCUAGGUAGUCAUGUUCAUUCACUUGAAUGGGUCUACUCUUAGUAGGGUUGGCAUGGAAUACAAUCCAUGGACACGUGGGGCAGAUAAAAGGCCUCCCGUCUUUUUUCCUUCUUUAAACACCUUCCUGUUUAUGCAGACAUUUGAUUUUAAGUUGGGUUUUUUUUAAUCAAGCAACCCACACUACCCAUAAAUGGAUAUGAAAAUACAGAGUGGAAAGAGACAAGCCGUUGCUUAGAGGCUUACACAGCAAUGUCGAGGGAUAGUCUUUGUUAAGUUCUGUAUCAAUAUUUGCUUUCCUUCCCCAUUCCUGAGUUUGCCUGCAGGGCAGAACAUCAGUAGCCAGUUUGGGGGCGGGGAGGCAGGGGGUUGCAGGGGGAAAUACUAGGGCUGGCCUAGGGCAAGGCUUCCUGAUGGCACGAUGUGGGAGGGUGGGCUGUAAUCAGGGCUGCUCCCCUUUUGUGCUUCAGCUUCGUGAGUCUUGGAUAAAGGGCCUCUGAGAGUGAGGCCAAGGGGUCUCUCCACCAUAGAUCUCCUUUGAAAGGCGUUUCCCGGAAAGCCGCCUCCAAGAGGGACCUCCUGGACGCAGUGGGGUGGCCCUUCUGCUUCCUGCUCAGGAAAUGAGGCAGUUUAGGCUGGUGCGGGGAGAGGCAGGCUUCGCCCACGGCCUGCCCUGCUGGAGGGAAUUGUGAUCGCUGGUAAAAGCUGGGCAGCGCACGGGAUCUUGCAGAGAUAGCUUAUCCAGACCUGCGCCACAGCCCCGCCCCCUGCUCUGACAUAGAUUGAUCCAGUCGCAGAACUCCCCCGUGGUGUGUAGUUCAGCCCUUCACCCAGCCUGGCACCCCUCCAGGCAUUGUGGACUCCAACUCCCAGCAGCCCCAGCAGCAGCCAUUAUGGGCAGUGAUGGCCAGAGCCAUGGCUGAUUCUUUUCUUCAGUUUCCUUGGACGCAAACCCUGCUAGGUUCAGUGGGUGCAGCUCUAGAUGUUUUGGACUUUGCCCUGGCCAGCAUGGCUGUGCUGGCUUGGGGCUGAUGGGACUUGUAGUCCAAAACAUGACAAGGGGCGUUAGGUUGGUGAAAGCUACCAUAAUAGGUGGCUGAAGAAUCUGGUUGCCUUUCUGGAGUGGGGUGCUUCUAGAACACAAUAUCAAGGCUGACCAGCUUUGUGUCCCUUGAAUCCAAAAGCAAGGGGUCAACUUCCCCAGGCAAUCUCUGCUUUGCCUUUGUGAUGGUGGGUGGAGGCUGCAAUGGGUGAGUAUUCUCUAGGGGGUCCCUCCACACUCAGGGGUGUGUGUAUUGUGCAACUUGUCGUCGAUGCUGCAGUAGUGCAAUAGUGGUGGAUUUACACCGAACCUCCCCAGAAGUCAUUCUGCUGUAUUGGUAGUCCUGCAAUGCUUCCCCAAUGUUGCUGUGUUCUUGUCAUCUGGAGGGGUGCAAGAAAAGUGGGAAUCUCCCCCCCAAAAAAGUAAUAGAAUUGUAGAGUUGGAAGGGGUGUCUAGUCCAACGCCCCACAAUCCCUGGAGCAGUCAGAAUUUAGAGUUGAACGGAUCAUGACGCUCAUUCAAUUCUUUGCAGUGCAGGAAUAUUUAGCCCGAUGUGGGGCUCGAACCCAUGAGCCAUACUAACAGAGCUAUCCCAGUCCCAGCUGUGGCAUGAAAAGUUACAGGGUUUCAGCAGGAAGCCAUGAUACGUGUCCCAAUUGGAAAUGAAGCAGUGCGUCUGCCCCUGAAUUUUUGCGCAUGCAAAACAGUAUUGAAAGGCCCCUAGAUAUUUCAUUGGGAGCAGAGGGGCUGCAAACCCAGCCCUAACUCUAACUUGACCUCUCUUGAGGAACGAAAGAAGGCUCUGUGGGAGCUUCUGGUGAGCUUUCCUUCCCUCUCCCCCUUUUCCUUGAAAAUGUAGAUCACCCAAAGACGCAGAUAUUGGCUUGUUGGGAUGAACUAGAUAUAAAUCAUUGGGUGAUCUGUGUAGUUUUGCACCACAGGCCUGGGAGCCUUGGUUUUGCUCUGGGCCACAGCUGGCUGCUUUUGUUGGCUGAUAGGGCAGCAAAUGGCUGUGCUGGCUGGUACCAUAGCCUGCCUUGUCUCUUUGUCAGGGCUGCUGUACAGGAAACCAGAUACUGCUCACAGCUGGUUUCUAACACCAGAUUAUCUUCAAGGGUGCUUAGGUAUUGGAUCUAAAGUGCAUCUGUCUUGUAGCAUGAGACUCCCUUAAUUGCCUGCCCAUCCCCUUUAUCACAGGCAAUAAUUUUUCUUCAUGCUGGCUGCUUCCCUGUUGAAUUUAUUCGUUCUUGCUGCUUGCUUGCUUGCAUGCUCACUUCCCUUUUUUUUUAAUAAGCUCAGAUAAGUGCGAAUGUAUUUUGCAGAACCCAGUUUCCGCCUGCCUGGGAGCAAUAAGGAAACAGAUAGGGAACUGAAUCUUUAUCACUCUACUGUAAAAAACUCCUUCUGAGGCAUCGCUGGUCUGGCUUCAAAACACUGAGGGCAAGGAGCCUUGAGUUUAAAAAGUACAAAUCUUGGUAGCUGAUGGAAUUCAGUCAGUGUAUGCUUAGUGUGAAGAAAUCUUUCUCUAGCUGACACUUGUGACAAGAGGAUGUCCUCCGUUUUGAAAAUGUCGAAAGUCAGGCAAGGUCGGACAUUUGUUGGCGUGGGAGAUAAGGCGAUCUGUUAAGUGCUGCCAUUGAAGUGAACAGGCCCAGGUUAGUCACGCCCAUCAGUUUCAAUGGAUCUGCUUGGAGUGUAAUGCCGGACAUGCAACCAUGUCUAUAAUAAAAUCAACUCUAGUGACUGUAGCUACAGAAGGAUAUGCAGAUGUUUAUAAACAGCUGGAUCUUAGUAACUCAAGACUCCAAGAAAGAGCUUAGGAUCUCUGAAAGGAAUUGACUGUAUUUCUGUUGCCUGGAAGUGGCUCCUUUAGAGCAUGCUUGGGUUGUAUUUUAAAUAUUUUAAUAUCCCUAAAUUGGGUGACACAAAUGCUUUUCAAAUUAGAAUUGAUAAAAGAAUCCAUUUUCGAUUUGUGAUAUUAACAUCUCGGCCCCUUUUCGCAGAUAACUGUGUAGUGUAUGUUGUUGUUGUUGUUUAGUCGUUUAGUCGUGUCCGACUCUUCGUGACCCCAUGGACCAGAGAACGCCAGGCACCUCUGUCCUCCACUGCCUCCCGCAGUUUGGUCAAACUCAUGCUGGUAACCUCGAAAACACUAUCCAACCAUCUCGUCCUCUGUCGCCCCCUUCUCCUUGUGCCCUCCAUCUUUCCCAACAUCAGGGUCUUCUCCAGGGAGUCUUCUCUUCUCAUGAGGUGGCCAAAGUACUGGAGCCUCAGCUUCACGAUCUGUCCUUCCAGUGAGCACUCAGGGCUGAUUUCCUUCAGGUGUAGUGUAUAUUGACGUGCAAAUAAAAAUCUGGGGUUUUGGGGUGUUUUUUUAAAGGCUAUCAAUAGCUACUAGUCACGAUGAAUGUUUGCUGCUUCCAGGAUUAAAGGCAGCAUGACUCCAAAUACCAGUUGCUGGGAAACGAAGGCAGGAGGGGGGGGGUUAUUGCCUUUAUAUCCUGCUUUGUGGACUUCCUGAAUAAAUCAGGCCGCUCUGGGGGAGCCAGGAUGCUGGAAUAGAUGGGCUUCCUGCCUCAUUCCGAAGGGCCUCUUCCUAUGUACUUCACAUUCUUACGCCCUUUGGACCAGAAAGAAGGUAGCGUGAGGUUCUCAGGCUUGGUCCAUUUUUUAAGGUAAUAGAAUAUGGUCCCAUCUGCACUGUACAUUUAAUUUAUUUUGUAAAAUCUAUAUGCCACUUGAUUGUAAAACAAAAAACAAAAACACCCUUAAAGCUAUACAUUUUAAGCAGGAUGAUACCACUUUGAGCAGAAGAAGAAGAGGAGUUUGGAUUUGAUAUCCCGCCUUUCACUCCCUUUAAGGAGUCUCAGAGCGGCUAACAUUCUCCUUUCCCUUCCUCCCCCACAACAAACACUCUGUGAGGUGAGUGGGGCUGAGAGACUGCAGAGAAGUGUGACUGGCCCAAGGUCACCCAGCAGCUGCACGUAGAGGAGCGGAGAUGCGAACCCGGUUCCCCAGAUUACGAGACUACCGCUCUUAACCACUACACCACACUGGCUCUCAUGCAGCAGUCAUGGCUUUCCCCAAAGAAUGCAGGGAGUUUUGUAGUUUAAGGAUGCUGAGAGUUGCUAGGAAAGUCUCCUUAUUCCCCUCCCAGAGCUGCAAUUCCCAGAGUGGUUUAACAGCCAAACCCUCUUCCCAGGGACUAUGGGAAGUGUAGUUCUGUGAUGUGAGCAGGGGGGGAUCCCCUAUCAACUCUCAGCACACUUAAACUACGGUUCCCAGGAUUCUUGGGGGGAAGCCACGGCCGUUUUAAAGCAGUAUCACGCCACUUUAUCGGGGGCAGAUGGAGUCUACGUCAGCAAGCUCAGUAAACAUCUCGAGUCUUGCGUUGGCACCUUAGGCAAAACCCUGGGAGGUAGAUGAGUAGCCACUUUUGAAAUAAAAACACGGCUGUUAGGUGGAGACUCCCGUUGACUUUCAGAAGCCCUUCGCUUCUCUAGUCGCCUUUCUGAGCCUCACGUGAAAACUCUUCCAAGUGCCCAUAGGGACUAGAAACCUAAAAAAAAAAGUUUAAAUAGCGGCUGAGCUCAUUUGGCAUAUUCUUCCCCUCUGUAUAUUUUUGGUGUUUCUGGGUGUGGGGUAGGUGGCAGCUGGAAACCAGAUACCUUGCAAAUGGAUGCUGGUGCUUGGCUUUUCACCCGGGGCUACCUUAGAAACUGCUGUGGUAGGGCUGUUGUUGUUUUGGAAUUGCAAGUCCCCGUUCCAGUUUGGAACAGGACUCUCAAGUUUCAAGCUCCUGCUUCAGUUGCUGUAACUGCAGCUUGUGUCGGCUGGGGCUUAUAGGACUUGCAGUCCAUAACAUCUUAUUUUUGGGGUGGGGGUGGCACCUGGCUGGCCAAGGCUGAGCUUCCGCCCUAAAAUCUCCAUCUCACCAUCUGCUUGUGUCCAUGCGAUGCCUCGUUAAUCGACUCUUGAUCCUUGGCUUGCUGGCUAAUUCAUUGCAAGGAUUGCUGAGCUAACUGGUCUGGAUUAACAUCCGAGGCUUUAAUACCCUUAAGAAAAAAUCCUCCCUAUAAGUUUUUUUACCUCCAAGUUCUUAACUUGCUGAAGCUGGCACAGAGGCCUUUCUGUUCUCAAGUUGACUUCCCUCUUAGCGGAUAAAAGUGUGAAAUCCCCCCCAAAAAGGUGGCUUUUAAACCACUUGGCACCCUCCAAAACAACUAGGUAGUAAAUGCAUAUAAUCCAUCUCUUUUUCUCUUUCCCCCUCACCUCCCACUGGCUUCCUGGUCUGGGAUGAGUCGCCUUGCUGGAAAAGUAACUUGUCAGCAGGUCUGUAGCCAAGAGUGAAGAUUUAUGGCAUCUGAACAAGGGAGACAGCUAGUCUGGGGAAGGAGGCAGCUAUCUGGCCAUUUGCACCCCACCCCCACCAGCCAGCCUUUCAAGCUAGCUGAGAGCAGCCCGGUUGUAGAGCAGCCUGGUCACUGGGAGAUGCCUAACUUUGGCGAAACGACCGCAGGGGAGAGCCAAGGUUUGGCAGAAGAGCACAUAAAUCUCCCGCGGGGUACGAUACGGCCUUGUUUAUGAGUCUCCCCUUGUUUGUGGCUGCCAGUUCUGUUUGCAGGCCCAAUUCAAGGUGCCCAAUAUUAGUGUUUGGGGCCCCAAAUAUCUGAAAGACUGCCUUUUUACCUACAGACCCUCCCACAUGCUAAGCUCUGCAAAGGGAACCCUCUUGGUGGUUCCGUGAACCUCAGACGAUUGGGUGGUACAGUAGAGAGCCUUCACUGUAGUGGCCCCUAAGUUGUGGAAUUCCCUCUUCCCUGUGGAACCAACUUUUGGCGAAUGCUGAAGACGUACCUCUUUAUCCUCAUGUCUGAGAUGUGUUUUCAGGGCCUUCCUGUGACUGUACUAUGCUUUUAAUUCAGUUUUUUAACUUUUUAAAAAUGUGAUUUUUAAAUUGUUAUAGCAUGCCCUGGGACAGCCUGGUGAAGGGCAGGUAAUAAAUUUGAUGAUGAUAGCACUCCAGAGCUGCAGAGUGAGUGGGGCAUCCCUGACAGAAUGUGGCAAGAACCCUGAUGAAUCAAAGCCACAGGUCCUUCUAGUCUCACAUCCUCUGUUCCCAGGCCAUCAGUGUUCGAAAUUAGUCAGGCACAUUUUGCACCUAGCUAUCAGCAACUUGCGACCAAGUGAAGAUGCCCAGGCACCAGAAUGGCACCUGACAUCUCCCCCAUCUGGAGGUGCAUCCCUGGGAAUCACUGGAUCUUGACUGUUUUUGCAUGCUAGUAACACAUCCUGCAGAAUUCUAUCAGUUAUAUUUUAUUUGCACAAUCAGAAUGAAUUUCAGGAACCAAAAUGCUUUUUCUGUGCAGCCUAAGCAGGAGCAGUGAACAACCUUAUAACUAAUUAGAGCUUGUCUUCACCCCUCUGCCCUGCUCACAGUUGUGAAGAAUAUCCCUACGUUAUGAAUGGUCCGUGUCACCAUUAAGAAAAAGAGGUCGGAAUAGGCCUAUAUAUAUGUGGACUGUCCCUGGAUCAAGGGGCUUUUCUUCUUCAAGUUCUCUAAACUCUUAACCUAGAUUAUGGUUGUCAUCUGAACUAGCCAGAUGUUUAACUGAGAAUCAAUCCGUCAGUCCAACAUUUGAAAAACAAGACUUUAGAGCCGUCUUAUCCCCAAAAUGGCAACUAGACACUCCGUUUUUGGCGACUGUAACCCUGGUUUAAGGAGCCAUUUGGCACCUAGCUUAUAUAUCUGAGUUGCAGGCCUUCCAUUCAUGCUUUUAGAAAGGCCACAAACAGACCCAAUAGCUUCCUAGCAUUCAGUGGUACACUUCCUUCUUCUGUGGAGGUUUUGUUUUGCCGUCGUGGCAGGCAAGCUGUCAAGCAUUCAUGAGCUGGCCUGAUUCCCUCUUUGAAGAGGCAGGAUCUCUCUCCAUAUCUUGCGACAGCGAACUGGUAACUUAGGUCUGCAAAUGUGCUUAUAGCCAGAUGCUUUGAAUUUUAUGCAGAGCAGAAAUCGCUUGGAAAAAGAAACUCAGAUAUAUAAGAUAAUCUCCAAAUGGCACCUUAAACUUGGGUUACAGGCACCGCAAAGGAAUGUCCCUGGCGCCAUUUUAUUUUUAAAUGGAAUGUAAUAUUAUUUUUCGUUUCUAUACUGCUUUAUAUUUUCUCUGAGUGAAAAGUACGGGGUUCCCUAAUCCUCCAGAGUGUCGAUAAAGAUCUCAAAGAAACGCUUGCCAAAUAACGCUGUGCACACCCCUUUUAAUUGACCGCCAACGAAGAGGGAUCCUUUGAGAUGGGCGAGUGAGCAGAGGGGCCUGCUAAGUGACCCGGCUUCGUGGUGGAUCCCAGAUGGAAGCUGAUGGAUUUUUUUUUGGGGGGGGACCGUGGAGUAGAGGGGGACAGCACAUCGAUGUGGGUGGGAAACUCUCAAGAAUUUUCUUUGACCCACCCAGAUCACCCACGUUGUCGUUCCUCGGAGUUUCUGGCCUUCAGACGCAGCUGGGCGUCAGAGAGGCAUCUGGUCUUGCGGCACUUGAAAGCUCUGCUGAAUCUGAUCGCAGACAGUCCUGUUCUCAAGCAAUCAGGUCCUGGGUUCUGCCUUCUCGCCCCCUCCUGCGUCGCUGAGGCUCGUGGGCAUUGCACUGACCUGUGGCUGCAUGCAGGCUUGUUGCGAUAAUAAUCUGAAGAGCCCCAAGGCAGAAUUGUCCUGCGUCUCCAUUCUGGCCACUUGAAGCAAGCGGAGGGUGUUGCACAGAUGUUGUGUGCUGGAAACUCAAUAGCUGGGGCUGUUGCCCAAAUGCUGAACUUUUUUUAAAAAAAACAAUCUAAAUUCCACAACUUAGGCUGCAUAUACUCCAUACACUUGCCUUCUCCCAUAGAAUCCUGGGAACUGUAGUUCUUGGAGGAUUCUGGGAAUUGCAACCCUGUGAGGAGUAAACUACACUUCCCAAGAUUCUUCAGAAGCACCCUGUGCCCUAAACAUUUGAUGUGUAUGCAGCCCUGAUUAAACCUAAGCUGCCUUUCAUGAAUGAUCAAGUUUUUGCAAGGCCUCUCCCAUAACCCGUUAGUUCAGCCUUUCUCAACCUGUGGGUCCCCAGAUGUUGUUGAAUUACAACUCCCAUCACCCCUAGCUAGCAAGGCCAGAGCUCAGGGAUGAUGGGAGUUGUAGUCCAACAACAUCUGGGGACCCACAGGUUGAGAACCACUGCGUUAGUUGCUUUUAUUCAACCUCCCUCUUGAAUUGAGCACUUGCUCCUUGAAUACAGUGGUGCCUCACAAGACGAAAUUAAUCCGUUCCGCGAGAGUCUUCGUCUAGCGGUUUUUUCGUCUUGCGAAGCAACCCUAUUAGCGGCUUAACGGAUUAGCGCUAUUAGCGGUUUAGCGGCUAUUAAAGGCUUAAAGGCUUAGGGGAUUAGCUGCUAAAAGGCUAUUAAAGGCUAUUAAAGGCUUAGCAGAUUAGAUAAAGGGGGGGAAAAGCGAAAAAAAAAUCUCUAGACUCGCAAGACAUUUUCGUCUUGCGAAGCAAGCCCAUAGGGGAAUUCGUCCUGCGAAGCAACUCAAAAACGGAAAACCCUUUCGUCUAGCGGGUUUUCCGUCUUGCGAGGCAUUCGUCUUGCGGGGCACCACUGUAUUUCCGCCGCAGAAUGUAUCUGUGGUGCUGAGGGCUAGAAGCUCAAUUACUGAAAACAGCCGCCAGUAACUUAAGUUCUAACACUGAUGAUAAGGCAGCCACAUAUGUCUAGGAUGGGGUUGAGAAACCUCAGCAUCCCUGACAAUUGGCCAUUCUGGCUGAGGUGAGUUGAAGGUUCCCUUGGAGUGUGAAGCCUGGGGUACCCUAAUCCGCCAGAGUCCAUAAAGGAAGACCUCAAAGAAACUUUUCCCAAAUAAUGUUGUGCACUGCGAUCCUUGGUGACUGGAGGGCCCUUUUAAUUGACCACCAACAAAGAGGCAAUCAGCAAGUCUUUCUUUAUACUUUGGGAUCUUGUCCUGGUCGCUUGCCUUUUGGGGCUGGGGAUAGUGGGGAAGGGGGAGUCUUUUUCUUGGUUUGAUAACCACACUGCUAUUGAGCACCCACAGGCAGGCUGAGCUCGCUUUCUGCCUUGUGCAGUGAGCGAAACUGAGUGCAGUGCAGACAUGUGGUGGAAGAGGGCCUGAGUGGUGGAGGGUGAGAAAGUCAAAGCAGAUCCCAGGGAGGAGGGCGGCAUCGAAAGAGAGCCCCCGAGUGACACAGCCCUGUGUCUGUGACUGGCACCCUGGUACAGAAGCGCUCAGGCGGACUGUGGGGCCCUGUUCGAACAUCUGUGCCACUUUAAGUUCCUCCAUGACCUCAGCUCAAAGCUAUGUGCACCAAAAUGGAGUCUCCUCAUCUAGGAUUGAGAUGUGGUUUGCACACCCUCUCUCCCACUGCUCUCCCUCUGUCUCUCUCUCUCUUGCUUUGGUCUGUGACGUUUGUGGGUUUUGUGGACACAGCCCGGCCAUAUUAAUCUCUCAAAACUCCUCCAGGCUACUCCAUCUAAGGACACUCUGAAGAUGAAAGCCUUUGGGUGAAGCCUGGGGAGAGGAGCAAUCCUAUGCACAGAUAUGCCGAGUGAACAUAUAGCAAAUUUGCUGUGUGGAUUGUGGGGGAAAACAUUUCUUUUGUUGACUUUGCUGUUUGGGUUGCAUUUUGGGGGGCGAGGUGGGGGAAGAGAAGUUUUAACUUUGGUACCGAGAGUCCAGGCGUGUAUAAAUAGAACGCUAUCUGCCAUUCCAAAAUAGGGAGCGAUCCGAUUGAUGGCAAAUUAACGCUCCGAAACAAAGCCGGCAUUCUAAUCCAAGCUUGGCAAGGGCUGUUUGGAUGGUCGCUUGGGGCACUCCUGCAAAAUCUCUAGGCGACUACCUAAGGGAGUCCCCCCCCCCAUUCCUGAAAUUGGGGGCGCUUCUCUUUCAGGUCUAUUAGGGAAUGCAGGCGGUGGGGAAUUUAGGGGCCUGGAGGCCAAAUCUUCCCCUCCAGAUUAGGACUGGGCAAUAUGUGGUUUUCAGCAUCACAAUAUAUCGCCAGCUGAACAUUACACUGAUACAUAACGAUGUCUGAAAAAAGGAUGGAUCUAUGUAGAGGCGUUGGCUGGCUUUACAGUUUUUCCCACAUUGUAAUUUUUGCAUAGCUCACAUCCUGAUUCGCUCAGUGUUGCCAGGUCAAAAACUAUGUGACCAAUACCGCGAUAUGGACUUCAAAGCAGUUUUGGACAAUAUAUGGAUAUAUCGCCCAGCCCUACUCCAGAUCUCUGUCCCAUAGGACUCUCUCUCAGGCCACACCCCUUGCCAGCUCCACUAUGCACAGUCCUUGAGUAUUUUUACCUGCCUGGAAUGUGUCCCUGAGUGCUGAUAAUGCCUCUUCCUUUCCUGGAUGGAGAGUGAGAAAGGGGCGUGCGUAGAAGCCAGCCAGCUGUAGAAAGGUAAAGCCUUGGUUCCACUGCCCAUGUUGGCCUCUGGCCUGGUUCACAUGGCCCCUGGAAGGUGGCCUAGGACAGAAUGUGGCCCUCGGUAAAUGGAUCCCCCAAUUUGAUCCCUUCCAGGUAUUUAUGGACUCCCAACUCCCCAUUGCCUCUCACCCUCAGCCGGGUCUGAUGGGCCUUUUCCAGCAUCAUUUGGAGAACUCCAGAGUUUGGAGAGUUGUCUCCCUCUUGCCGUAUGUCUUCCGUUGAUAACCCUAUUUUUGUGAGUUGCCCGGGGCAGUGUACAUGGUCUUCCCCUUCCAUUUCAUCUUCACAGCAGCCCUGUGGUGUAAGCCAGGCUGAGAGAGAUCAGCUCCCCCAGCGAGAUGUUUGUAGCAGAGUUUGGAUUUUAAUCCCUCCUAGGUUUGACACGGGACGCGGGUGGCGCUGUGGGUUAAACCACACAGCCUAGGACUUGCCAAUCAGAAGGUUGGCGGUUCGAAUCCCCGCGAUGGUCCCUGCUCCGGCCAACCUAGCAGUUCGAAAGCACGUCAAAGUGCAAGUAGAUAAAUAGGCACCGCUCUGGCGGGAAGGUAAACGGCGUUUCUGUGCGCUGCUCUGAUUUGCCAGAAGUGGCUUAGUCAUGCUGGCCGCGUGACCCUCGGCCAAUAAAGAGAGAUGAGCGCUGCAACCCCAGAGUCGUCCGCGACCGGACCUAAUGGUCCUUUACCUUUGGGUUUGACACUUUUUUAAAAAAUGCUCCACAAUGCAAGGGAGGUUGGAGAGGAUAAUUGGGGAAGGGUCCUCUUGUCCUCAGGCACUGGACAAGACCACCUUGUCGGUUCAAAAUCUGGGGGAAUGGGGAUUGCAUGGCGAUGCAGCGGGAGGGAUGGUGGAGAAGAGCAAGGCGUGGAGUCAAGCAUUCCCCUCCCUGGCUCCGCAAACAGAAGGCCGCAGGGCAUGAGCCUGCUUUCCUUUGUGCUGACAAGGGCUUGUUUGGCAGAAGGAGUUAGCUUUUCCUGAUCUCUUGGCGCUGGGCCUCCUUGAGUGCCUUAAGCUCUCCUCCCCCUUUCUUGUUUGGCUCCAGGGCAGCCCUGGCCCUGUUCCCACGCCUGCCUGGCUGCCCCGGACACUUCUUUUCCCAUCAGCUUCUUAAUCUUCUGUCUGGCUCUUGUCCCCGGGAUCCCGGGGGGGCGGGGGUGGCACUUGACAAAGGGGGCCUGGACGGGUCUGCAGGAAGUGACAUCGCAGUUGCUGGCAGUGGGGGAGCUCCGUGGAGAAUUCCCAGGUUUCCCGUCCAGCCUGCAAGGAGUGGUCCUAAAGGCUGCCAGUACAGCAUUGAUUGUGGCUGCCCGAUGCCUGGUACAUUGGGCUUGACGCCAGAGAGAGGGUUGCAAGAUUUGGGGCUCUUUAGUUUUGUGAAGAAGCGCUGGGAGAGCGUGGUAGGGUAAUGCAAAAGAGAAGCUUUCCUCCCUCUCUCUCAAUAAAUUUAAUAAAUAAUAAGAUAAAUAGUAAUGCAGGCAACUCCCAAUUUAUAUGGGGGUUAUGUGCUGAGGCCUCGUGCAUUUAAGCGAAAUUGCGUAUGCAGUGGUACCUCUGGUUGUGAACGGGAUCCGUUCCGGAGGCCCGUUCGCAACCUGAAAAGAAUGCAACCCACAUGCACGGGUCGCGAUUCACCGCUUCUGCGUAUGCGCACGACGUCAUUUUGUGUGUCUGCGCAUGCGCGAGCGGUGUUACCCGGAAGUAACCCUUUCCGGUACUUCCGGGUCGCAACCUAAAAACGUGCAACCUGAAGCAAACGUAACAUGAGGUAUGACUGUAUUUGAAACACUGUUGGAAAAGUCUGCAAAUACCCUCUUAAACCUCCGGAAGUCCUUGAAAACCCCUAUUAAAAAACCAGCAGCACUUACCAGACCCCAAACUACAACAGAGUCUUCCCCUCUCAGCCCCCUUCCUCAGACUCCAGCUUUCCACAGGCCUCAAUGGUUGGUGGAAGGGCUUCUGGGAUUGCACUUGCAAAGGCUCGCAGGAUUGCCUUUUUGCCCUCCCUGUGCUCUUUUUGCUAUUUUUAAAGUCACUUAGGGUUUGGCGCGUGGUUGCGUUUCAAUGGGAAUGUGCGUAAAUUGGCCGUUGCCUGCGCUAGAACUUGAGGUUAUUCAAAGAAGCCGAACUCUGGAAGAUUUGGGGACAGACAAGAAGGAAGCAUUUCUUUGCAGGGCGCUACGGGAUUCCCUCGCGCAAGAGGUAGCAAUCGCUGCCAACUUGGACGGCUUUUGAAAGAGGCUUAGAUGAAAUUCAUGGCUGCCACAAUGGCCAUGUUUCUCCUUCCAUUGUUGAAAGCAGUAAGCCUCUGAAUACCAGUAGCUGGGAAUCGCAAGCAGGGAAGUCGCUGCUGUUCUCAGGUCUGGUUUUGGGGAGGCUUCCUACAGAUGGCAGGUUGGCCACGGUGAGAACAGGAUGCUGGCAAGGGGUUUGGGCUAGAUGACCCUUCCGGGCCCCUUCCAACUCUACAAUUCUAUGAUUCUAUGACUAGGUGGGACAAUGGUCUGAACCAGCAGGGCUCCUCUUAUGUGCUUGUGGCAGCAGUAGAACGGCACUUGUGACGUUGCGCAUAGGCUCAGGUCCAGUGGGGGACCAGCGGUGGUGCAGGGGUUAGGAUAGGGGUCAGCAAACUUUUUCAGCAGGGGGCUGAUCCAUUGUGCCUCAGACCUUGUGGGGGGCCGGACUAUAUUUUUGGGGAAAAAAUGAAUGAAUUCCUAUGCCCCACAAAUAACCCAGAGAUGCAUUUUAAAUAAAAGCACACAGUCUACUCAUGUAAAAACACGCUGAUUCCCGGACCGGAUUUAGAAGGCGAUUGGGCCGCAUCCGGCCCCUGGGCCUUAGUCUGCCUACCCAUGGGUUAGGAGCUGGGAGAGACCAGGGUUCAAAUCCCCGCCUGGCCAUGAAACUUUCUGGGUGACCUUGGUCCAGUCACUCACUUGCAGCCUGACCUACCUCAACAGGGUUGUUACAAGGAUAAAAUGAGGAGGAAGAAAACCAUUUCAUAGAAUUGUAGGGCUGGAAGGGACCCUGAGGGCUGUCUGGUCCAACCCUCCCUGCCCCCCACCAUUCAGGAAUCUCGACUAUAAAGCAUUCAUAACAGAUGGUCAUCCAACCUUGAUCUUCUUGGAGAAAAGGCGCGAUAUAAAUGUGAUACUUGAAUAAGUGGCAGUCUGUUUAGUUCUGAGGACCAGUAUUUCAGACUGUACCUUUGCUUGGCUGAGCUGGUGCGUGGACCCCCUUUCGCUGUUGUGCCCCGCAUCCCAAAUCCCGACAGACCUGGCAAGUGAGAAAAAGCGAAGAGUCUCUUCGUUUAUGUAUUUUUGCAAAGUCAGGCAUGUGCGUUCUUGCUGCCAGAUGCCUAGAAUUCUUCAGUUCUGGAAUAAGUUGUCAACGAUGCAAACUUUGAUAAUUUUGACUGAGAUAACAAGAAUGCCAGAUAUCCUUUGCUUGCAGAUACGGUCUUAUUUCGCAGCACACAGUGACAUCGCUGGAUCUCCCUGGCCAUCUCGCCUGUUCUGCCACCGCCCCUUGGAUGAGACGUAUAAGAACUUGGGAAGCUGCCUUAUUUCGAGUCAGACUAUAUUAGCUCAGUAUUACUACACUCCAGGACAUUCCCAGCCCUACGUGUCCUGGAGCUAUUGGGGAUCAAACCAGGGGCUUUCUGUGACCUUUCCCCAGAGCAGCCAGGAAAGGCAGCAGCUGCCCAGAUAAGCUCUUGCCAUCUUGGUGGCCUUAACCCAGAGAUUUCCAAACUUUUCAUGUUGGUGACCCACUUUUUAGACAUGCAUCAUUUCGUGACACAGUCACUCAGUUUUACUAGAAAACUGGAGGUUAAACUACCCCUUUGCAGCCCCGGGAGGAGCGUUCACGCAACACACCUACACACAGUAGCUGGAACACUAGCGUGUCGUGACACACGGUUUGGAAAGCUCUGCUUUAACCCUUGCCACAGACACACACACAAACACACAGACACUUAAACUAAGGUUACCAGAUUUUUUUCAAUGAAUCCGGGGAGACUUUAAAUCAAUCAAUAAAUACUACACAUUUGGGACGUUGAUGUUGCAGCGAUGGCGGUGGCAGAGGGGCAGCCUCCGCCUUGACCUCAACCGCCACGUUUCCCCUUCCUCCGAGGCUCCUAUCUCCUUUCUCCAUGAGCCUGGGCAGCCCCUGAGUUGUUGGUUCUUCAGUGGUGGUGGGGAAGUGGUGCGCGGUGGGUCAGGCAUGGAAGGCGGAGAAGGAGGGCCGAGAGCGGUGGCUGCGGUGAGGCUUGGGCAGCGCGAUGCCUCCCUUCCCAUCGGAGCAGCCCCAAUCCCAUUCCUACUUGCUUGCAAGCAGGAGGGGGCGGGGAUCCCUCAGCUGGGAAGAGAGGCUUCCUGUUGCCUAACUGAGAGAUCCCUGCCCCCUCCUGCUUGCAUGCAAGCUCUGAUAGGCAGUGUGAAGCCUCCCUUCACAGCUGAGAGAUCCCCACCCCAUCCUGCUUGCACACAAGUAGGAGUUGGGAGGCUGCUCCGAUAGGCAGCAUGAAGCCUCCCUUCACAGCUUAGUUGCUGGGGUCAGGGAAGGUGGAGGCAGCCCGGAAGCUGCAUCUUAGAGCCCCUGCACCACCAUCACAUGGGGACUUCCGAGCAGCUCCUGAAGCCAGCCAGAGCCAACUGCUCUGGGCUGCUGGGACUGCCGCUGCUGCGUUUGCCGGGGACAUUAGAUGAAAUCCAGGGACAGAAUUUGUCCGGGGACAUAUUCGCAAAUCCAGGGACUGUCCCUGGGAAAUGGGGACGUCUGGUAACCCUAACUUACACCCCAUUGGAAAGGUGAUUCCAAGCCUUUCUUGGAUUAAUGUCACACCUGUGGCGACAGAUUGUCAUGUAAGCUGUGGCGGCAUGUUCUUUUUAAAGCUCCAUAUGGCAUGGCAUGAUGCGUCGUCCUGCAGCUUGGAAGAAGGGGUGGUGCUUUCUGCUUUCUGUUGAGAUGGAGCUGCGUGAGGAACGGGCGGGGUUCCCCUGAGCUCCCUUGCAUUUGUGGAAGGACUUUUUCUGUCCAGCGGCGUCCCUUGAGGUCUUUGCUGGGUGCUUACAAAGCCCCAACGCAUUCACUACCCCCUUGGCCAUGAAGCUAUGUGGACAGUUGCCUCUAAAAAGGAUGUAGAGCUGAAGCAGGAAGUUGGAAAGAGCGGCAUAAUUUCCCCACUUCCUAUCUCAGGUCUGUGUUGUUUUUUGAGGCUCAGAUCUGACUUUGACUCGAGUUCCUUGAAAAAAGCAGCCUUUGCCCAGAUCCCUUGGAUAAGUGACUUGUGUCUGUGUGUGGGGGCUUUCUUUCUGUCUUUGGGGUAUAGUAAAGGUAAAGGGACCCCUGACCAUUAAGUCCAGUUGUGACCGACUCUGGGGUUGCGGCACUCAUCUCGCUUUACUGGCCGAGGGAGCUGGCGUACAGCUUCCGGGUCAUGUGGCCAGCAUGACUAAGCCGCUUCUGGCGAACCAGAGCAGCGCACGGAAACGCCGUUUACCUUCACGCUGGAGCGGUACGUAUUUAUCUGCUUGCACUUUGAGGUGCUUUCGAACUGCUAGGUUGGCAGGAGCUGGGACCGAGCAACGGGAGCUCACCCCGUCGCAGGGAUUCGAACUGCCGACCUUCUGAUCGGCAAGCCCUAGGCUCUGUGGUUUAACCCACAGCGCCACCCGCAUCCCUCCUUUGGGGUAUGGGGCGAUGCUAAUCCAGGUAAUGGGGAGGAAAGUGAGUGUUGGACGUCAGUGGCACUUGCACAAGCCUCCAACUUCACCUAUGGUCCUAAAAUGGUUGGAGACCCCCUACGCUAACGGAAGAGGAGGGGAAGGCCAUCUUUUUCCAUUUCCCCUUUGCUUCUCACCUCUGCACGACUCCUUGGGAUCUAUUCUGGGCAAGGCUUGCAGAGAGCCAGCAGUGUGCGUUCCUCGGGUCAGCAUUCCCUAUGGGGCUCCCUACCGCGGUGACGAGACGUUAAUCUUGUAUUGUCGCAGACUCCUCUAAAGAGGGAUUAAGCCAGUUCACGAAAGAGGCUGAUUUGACCUCUCUCUCCUGAGACUUGAACCUCCAUGUCCGGAAGCAGUCUGCCCCAGAGUUCCAGGCUCCAGGGACAAGCAGCAAAAGAACGGGAAGAGGGAGCUGGCUGAUAGAGAGCCCAUCUAGCGCAAUGCCAGGGACAGCCAGUGUGGCACCCGGCUGUCGGACUCCAACUCCCGUCAGCCCCAACAGAUAGCCAGCGGUCAGGGAUGCUUGAAGUCAUAGUCUACAGCCAUUGGAGGCCCACGCAUAUACUGGCUCGCUCUGGUCUGUGCUGGCCAGCCCUGGCUCCUCCAGGCUUUUUGCCUCUCAUUGCCCUUGCUGUGACACUCCCUCUGGUUGUUGUUUUUCUCGGAAGUUAUAUUUACAACAUAACAAAAAAAAACCCCAAUACAGAAAUCCACCCUCAUUAAAAGUGAACAUAACAUACAAUAAGCAUAACAUACAACAAUACAAACAACCAAAUAAAAAACUUCCUUUAUCCUGUACCUGUCCUCCUUAUUUACUUUUUAUAAGCUGUUUCCUUUAUGAAUAAUUAUUAAGAUUUUUCUAAUUAUAACUUUAUAUCCACAAAGUCUCUUGCAGACAUUAAUUGAAACAAGUCCAACUAUGUAUUUUAGGGCACUGUUUUGUGAAGUAUUCUCUGCAUUUCCCCCAUGCUUUUUGAAACUCUUGCCUAGUGUGGUCUCUAAUUGCCUCUGCUAAUCCAGCCAGUUCAAUAUACUCGAACGGUUUGUCUUGCCAUUCCCUUUUUGUUGGCACAAUUUCUUUUUCCCAGUUUUUAGCAGUUAGGAUCCUUGCCGCUCCUGUGGCAUAGAGGAAUAUUUUCUGAUCUUCUCCUGCUAUACCUGUGUCCGUUAUCCCUAGUAGAAGAGCUUCGGCAUUUUUCAUAAAGUUAAACUUAAACAUUGCUUUAAGCUGUCAUAUACUAUAUUCCAGAAGCUUUUGAUUUUUGCAGUGACACUCCCUCUGAUGCAGCUGUGUCCAAGGCAGGGGGAGUCAGUGGCUCCCCCCACCCCUCUCUGGAGGCUGACUUCUGACCAGGGUGGAGCGUGUUGCUUUCCUCUCCGGUCCUCUUAAACCCUGGCAAGCACCGUGCUUUCCAAGCUCUUCCUACCUUAUAAUUUUGGGUCCUGCUUCCUUCUUUCGUCCCACUGCUUGCUGGCCCUGUGUUUUGCAGUGGCUGGUCAAGGAGCUGCUGGCCCGUUCUGGUGGGCUGCGGUGGGUGGGUGGGUGGCGGGUCUGGCUACCCAAAGAAGGAGGGACCACAACUGUGUGGGCAACAGGCUGAACCAGGUCAGGAGCAUAAGAGCUGAUUGGUUCAGGGCAACGUCCCAUCGAGUUCGGCAUCCUGGACUAAACCCGGACACUCCUUGCAGAGACAGGAAUUGGAGCCAGAAUAUGAAGGAGGGUCUGGGUGGUGGCUAAACCGUGUUUCCCAGUGUCUUGGGGGCUUUCCAGUGUUUUGCGGUUGCUGCCUCUUUCAUGGAGAAAGGCUGUGGCUUCCUUAACUGCUGCUUGGCAGGCAGAAAUGGACUCAGCGUUACCUUGCCUAGCCACAUCUCCCUGCUUGAAAAUGACCUCUCAACAGGGAUUUUUUUCCUCCAUGGAAACCCUCUCUCUAAAUUGGGUUGACAUCUGUGCAUCACAUUGACUUGCUUUUUCCAGGCGCUAAAAGCAAUUUGAUUGAAGCAUGGCGUUUUGGGGGAGAGGCGGGAACCUGAAAGUGUGGUUUAAACAUUGCAUUCAUUCAGAGGAAAUUAUGGGCUUAGGUUUAAAGUACUAAGUUGUACUGAAGAGUACACCCAUGUAAAUUAACAAGACUUUUAGACGGCUUUGCCCAUUAAAUUCAACAGGUCUGUUCUUCGGUAAGAAGACAUGGCAGCUGAAUAGCAAUUUAAACGUUUGCUUUGGGUUUUUUGUGAAGUACUUAGAGGUUCGUUUCACAGCCAAGCAGUAUACAGAUUUCGUAAAAUAAAAACACCCUUCUGUACAUGGCUUUUUUUUUUAACGGAGGGCAUGGAGAGGCAGCAUUAAACUUUUUUCUGGGGAUGUCCUGUCUAUUUACUUAUUGAAGAGUUUGGAUUUGAUAUCCUGCUUUAUCACUACCCUAAGGAGUCUCAAAGCGGCUAACAAUCUCCUUUCCCUUCCUCCCCCACAACAAACACUCUGUGAGGUGAGUGGGGCUGAGAGACUUCAGAGAAGUGUGACUGGCCCAAGGUCACCCAGCAGCUGCAUGUGGAGGAGCGGAGACGCGAACCCGGUUCACCAGAUUAUGAGACUACCGCUCUUAACCACUAUACCACGCUGGCUCCCUUAUUGCAUUUUUAUCCCACCUUUUUCUCUCCAAGGAAGCUCAAGGUGGCAUGCACUCUUUUCCCCCCUCAUGUAAUCCCACAACAACCCUGUGAGGUAGGCUAGGCUGCAAAGGCAUUGACUGGCUUCCAGGUUCACACCCAGUGAGCUUUGCUGAUGAACUGUGGUCUCCCAGGUCACAGCUUGAUGAGUCAUAGGUGGGGAUAUAGGCGUGAAUACAAAUACCCGCAUUUGUAUCCUUCCUUUUAUUUGUUUUGGCUGAGUAGUAAGUGAUUGAAUUUGGCAAGGUAUUAUACCAAGGCAGGAAAUGUGGGUCAUUUUAUAACGCUUACUCAGAAUUUUGCCGCUGGUGGAAGUCGUCUGAGUCUGCCUGUGAUCCUUGAGGAAAACUAUAUCUUACUGUGUAUCUCGUACAUGUUAAUGCUUCCUUGCAUCAGUCACUAAAGAAAGCUAACUGCAACUUGAAGUGUUAGGUGAACUGAAGAAGGAUUAGAUUAAUUGAGAAAAAUGAAAUUUGGAUCGAAUUAAUGGAGUCAUUUGUUUUGAUUAUAGGUUAUACUGCAGGGGUCAGCAAACUUUUUCAGCAGGGGGCCGGUCCACUGUCCCUCAGACCUUGUGGGGGGCCGGACUAUAUUUUGAAGGGGGAAAAAUAUGAACGAAUUCCUAUGCCCCACAAAUAACCCAGAGAUGCAUUUUAAAUAAAAGCACACAUUCUACUCAUGUAAAAACACCAGGCAGGCCCCACAAAUAACCCAGAGAUGCAUUUAUAGAAAACAAUGUACAGGAAAAACUAAUGUUAGAUAUUAUAGUAGAUCCAGUGUCUUGUUAAAUAUGAGAUUAUUACCAGUAAUCCUACUUGUGAAAUGUAUUGUGUUUUAAUAGAAAUGUAAUCUGAAUCCUGAAAUACUCUUUUUUGGGGAGAAAUCUAUGUUUAUGCUUAAAUGCAUACCCUAAUCGGUAUUAUUUUUGUAAUGCAGUUUGGUACAGAAAAUAAAAACAUUUUUUAAAAAAAGUUACAAGCAACAACUUUGUGGAAUCGCCACUUGGGCUGGCUUCGUUGUUGAUUUAAUAAAAAUAGGUAACGAUUAUGUCUUUGCUUUUUAAGGAGCAGCAGAAAAUAUCCUAUUAUGGAAAAAUUCUGCUGCAAGUCACUUCCUGCUGGAAAGCUUGCCUGUCUUGGGACUGUCAGUGGCGCUGAGCCUCUCAGUCUGCAAGAGCAGUGAUAUCCUUAAGCAAUAGCAAGCUGUUUCACAGCAAAAAUAAGAGCCUACUGGAUUUUUGGACAAGGACAAUGGGAGUCAUAGUCCAGCAGAAGUUCCCCCACACCUGUCAUAGAAAAAAAUAAAUAAUAGGUUGCAAUAUGACAUAUAUUUUGGACGCAUGCAAAAAAUCAGAAAAUUUUGGGAAGAUGCAGCAAGGGAAAUUACAUUAGUAACAGGCUAAACUUUGCCUACAGGGCCUCUUUACUUUCUGGAUAUGUUAAAGAAACUGUACUAACAGAGGACAGGGAAUUAAUAACACCACAUCUCUCUCUGUCUGUGUGUGUUUGGGGGGGAGAUUAGAACACUAUGCAUGAGGGAAUGGGUAACUAAGACCUGGGACAUAAAAUGCAAGUUUUAAGCUCGCACACAUUUGGUUAGAACUGGAGAAGGUAGACAGCAAGAGAAUGUAUUCAUGGAGAAAUGGGAGUCUUUUUUUUAUAAUGUGGUACAGGAACACGUAAGCCCAUUUCUGCUACUUGGAAGUGUGUAAUAGCAAUCUGUUGUACUCAGUCUUGGUAUGGAAACUUGUCCUGCUGUGUUCACUUCUAUGUUCACUUCUGGAGAUCCUUUUUUAUAUAUAUUUUUGGCGUGUGUUAUUUUGUUCCAUUAACAAUUAUAUUUUUUUUAAAAGAUUGCAAGUGAAAUGGGGGUGGGGAGAUGUUUCUCCGCCUGGAGAGAUGCUGUGAGUUGGAUGUAGACAGUUCUGACCACGACAGUGCAAAAAAUAGCGGUCUCCAUCCCUACCAUGCCCACUUUUGCACAUGGCCUUGCCCGCUGCUAUUGGAAGCUUGCCUUCAAGGAAAUACUAACCCUCAGGCUGAAAUUGGUUCUCUCAACCCUUGUCUUAAGCCCUAUCGCUAAACACUGCAUCUUAAGAAAGCCAGAGAUGGUUUGAAUGAGCUUCCAGCCGGCACAGCAUUCAUAAGGGCUAGAAACUUGUGUUUGCUUAAAUGGGGUGGGGAACAAACGAGUCCGUUCCAGUGUAUUCCAAUGCCCACAUCAGUGUUUUCCCCCUUCCUCUCCAGGCCGAGGCAGAAGUAGCAUCCUUGAACCGCCGCAUUCAGCUCGUGGAAGAGGAGCUGGACCGGGCCCAGGAGCGCCUUGCGACAGCCUUGCAGAAGUUGGAGGAAGCUGAGAAAGCUGCCGAUGAGAGUGAAAGGUAGGUGGGUGCAUUUGCAAGAGGAAGGGGCUCCUUAGAGCAGGCAUUCCCAAACCUGGCCCUCCAGACGUUUUUGGGACUACAACUCCCAUCAUCCCUAGCUAACAGGACCAGUGGUCAGGGAUGAUGGGAAUUGUAGUCCCAAAACAUUUGGAGGGCUGAGUUUGGGGAUGCCUGCCUUAGAGCUUGUUCGCACUGAGCAAAGCUAUGUAUAAAUUCUGUGUGGGUGGGUGGAUGUUCAGGUGGGUGGGUGUCAUACCGUAUUUUUCGCUCCAUAAGACACACUUUUCCCCUCCUAAAAAGUAAGGGGAAAUGUGUGUGCGUCUAAUGGAGCGAAUGCAGGGGGGAGGCAGUCAGGAAAAGCCCCCAAGAGCCGCACACAAGCUCCACGCGGCUCUUGCGGGCUUUUCCCCAGGAGGGAGAAGGGACUGACGCGGCCAGUCAGUCCCUUCUCCCUCCUCGUAGAAAAGCCCGUAGGAGCCGCGCACUCCUUAAAGGGUGCGCGGCUCCUGUGGGCUUUUGCGGGAGGAGGGGGUAUUGCCAUAGCCGCAUGCGGCUAAAGAGGAAGCUAAGACAGCGAGCGGGAUCCAUCCCGCUUGCAGUCUUGGCUUCUUUGCUCUUUGGGGCUGGGGGCGGGGAACCCGGGCUUCCCCCGGCAGCUCCAGGAAGCUCUGGGAGAAGAUUUUUUUCCCUUGAUUUCCCCCUCUAAAAACUAGGUGCGCCUUAUGGUCCGGUGCACCUUAUGGAGCGAAAAAUACGGUAACUGAAUCACACCCCCUGGUGUGUGUAACUGGGUAGAAGGUUAGGCCUUUCUCUGGCAUUGCUAGCCUUCUGUGUGCCAGAGAGGUUCUUGUUUUGGAGAGGCCACCCCUGUCCCCAAGUCCUUUCUGCGGACUGGGAGAGCAGAGGAAUGUCGCGUCUUGGAUGCUGACGAUCCCUUCUUCCCCCGUUCUCCCUCAGAGGCAUGAAGGUAAUUGAGAACAGAGCCCUGAAAGAUGAAGAAAAGAUGGAGCUGCAGGAGAUCCAGCUGAAGGAGGCCAAGCACAUCGCUGAGGAGGCCGACAGGAAGUACGAGGAGGUGAGAAGCCACAGCGGAUGCGCCUUGACCAAGCAGGGUUGAACUCCUCCCUCAUGACACACAGGGAGUUCAGUCCUGCUUUCUGCGGCUGCGCCAUUCCCUGAUCCACAUUUGAUGUCAUAUGCAGGCAACCCCGCCAUUUUAAUAUUUUGUUGGAAGCCGCCCAGAGUAGCUGGGGAAGCCCAGCCAGAUGGGCGGGGUAUAAAUAAAUUAUUAUUAUUAUUUUAUUUACGUGUGUUCAGUAUGUGCGCAGGCUUUUUCAAUGGUGUUUUAAAUACAGUGGUACCUCAGGUUACAAACACUUCGGGUUACAGACUCUGCUAACCCGGAAGUAGUACCUCAGUUUAAGAACUUUACCUCAGGAUGAGAACAAAUUGUGCGUCAGCCGCAGCAGGAGACCCCCAUUAGCUAAAGUGGUACCUCAGGUUAAGAAUGGUUUCGGGUUAAGAAACGGACCUCCAGAAUGAAUUAAGUUUGUAACCAGAGGUACCACUGUAUACUCAGUUUCACUUAAACAUGCAGUGCUUCGAAACAUAACUCCCACCUAAAUUGAGGAGUUGCCUGUAAGAUGUCAUGUGUGGGGCAGGUGAUUUCGGGAGGAAACUGCUUUGUGGGCAAAAUGUGGAAGCCGGGUGGUCUGACCAGGCUGGCGGGUUCCCCCUCUUCUUUUUAUUGAUUACAAAUUACUGCUAUUAUUUAUUAAAUUCAUUGCUUACUUUUUUUUUAAGCAAGGUAACAUGAAGUAACUAAGACUAUGUAAAAAGCACUAUAUAAACAGACACAUCCAGUAAAACUGGCAUAAUGUAUAUAUAUGUGUGUGUGUGUGUGUGUGUGUGUGUGUAUAUAACAACACAACCCUGCUUUAAAAAAGGCAUGUUUAAGACAUCUCACUCACUCAAGGAGGCCACCGAUGAUUCAGAACCAAAGGCCUGGCCCAAAAGAACAAUCGCAGGGUGUGGGUCGGUUUAUAUGGGAAGAGGCGGCCAUUGAGGUUUUGGUGUCCUGAGACGUAUAAAUGAUUUUAAUCUUGUGCUUUUAAAUGUUUGGAAACCUGCCCUGAGACCACGGUUAAUGCUAUUAGGUUCAUUAGCCGCCCUCCAUCAGAAGGUCCCAGGGCAGGUUGCAGUAAUAUGAAAUACAGCAUUAAAAACCGUUUAAAACAGCUAGAGUGAGUUCAUAGGCCAAUUUACAGAGGUACAGUGUACGAUGAUAAGCUGUGCAGUGAAGGUACCAGGCACACCUCUUUAGGGAGAGGAAAGCCACAAUUCAUGGCGAAGGGCAGGUAGCAAAUCCAAUUGACAAUAAUUUCUUCUUCCUCCUUCUCCUCCCAGGUUGCCCGGAAAUUAGUCAUCAUUGAAGGUGAUCUGGAGCGUACAGAGGAGAGAGCUGAGCUGGCAGAGUCGUGAGUGUUUUCUACUUCUCUCUCUCUCUCUCUCUUUCUCUCUUUGCAUGAGGCGCCCUGCUGCAUGGAAGCUUUUAACACGAGCGAGCUCACCUUAAAACUCCCUGUUAGGCAAGGCCCAGAGUGUGGGGCGAAGGUUAGAGGCAGCCUCUGCUGGCUAGAAGGAAUUGUGGGUCUCCACUUUCCCAUUUUCUCUCUCUUUUUAGUGGGAAACCUUAACUGGGUUUUGGGCAGGGGAUAUGGUGUACAGACCAGUGACUUUUUUUUUAACACCUGUGGAUUCUUUCCUGUGUAGAGAGGUGAGCAUCUGUUAGUCCCUCUGCAGGGCCGUACUUAGGUUGAUGGAGUUAGGCCUUCAUUGUGGCCACAUUCACACCAUACAUUGAAAGUCCCGUACCACUUUAAGCAGUCAUGGCUUCCUGCAAAAGAAUUCCAGGAGCUGAGUUGUUAGGAGACCUCUGUAUUCUUUGUGGAGAGCUACAGUUCCCAGAUGGGACGCGGGUGGCGCUGUGGGUUAAACCACAGAGCCUAGGACUUGCCGAUCAGAAGGUCGGCGGUUCGAAUCCCCGCGACGGGGUGAGCUCCCGUUGCUCAGCCCCUGCUCCUGCCAACCUAGCAGUCUGAAAACACACCACUGCAAGUAGAUAAAUAGGUACCACUCCGGCGGGAAGGUAAACGACGUUUCCGUGCGUUGCUCUGGUUCGCCAGAGGCGGCUUAGUCAUGCUGGCCACAUGACCCGGAAGCUGUACGCCGGCUCCCUUGGCCAAUAAAGCGAGAUGAGUGCCGCAACCCCAGAGUCGGUCACGACUGCACCUAAUGGUCAGGGGUCCCUUUACCUUUACAGUUCCCAGAGUUCCCUGAGAAGAGGGAUUGAUUGUUAAACCACUCUGGAAAUUGUAGCUCUGUGAGGGGAAUGGGGAGGGGGGUUAUUCUCCUAACAACUCCCAGGACCCUUAACAGUCAUGGCUUUCCUCUGCAAAACCCUGGGAACUAUUGUAUGUUAAGUGUACGAAGGGUUGUUAGGAGAGUCCCGUCCCCCCCGAGCUACAAUUCCCAAAGUGUUUUAGCAGUCAAUCCCUCUUCCCAGGGAACUCUGGGAAAUAAUAGCUCUGGGUGGGCCAUAGGGAUCUCCUAAGAAUUCUCAGCACCCUUAUAAUAAUAAUAAUUUAUCAUUUGUACCCUGCCCAUCUGGCUGGGUUUCCUCAGCCACUCUGGGCGGCUUCCAACAGAGAUUAAAAAUACAUUAAAACACCAGUCAUUAAAAACGUCCCUAAACAGGGCUGCCUCCAGAUGUCUUCUAAACAUCAGUUAGUUGUUUUUCUCUUUGACAUCUGAUGGGAGGGCGUUCCACAGGGUGGGCGCCACUACCAAGAAGGCACUCUGCCUAGUUCCCUGCAGCUUGGCUUCUCGCAGUGAGGGAACCGCCAGAAGGCCGUUGGCGCUGGAUCUCAGUGUCCGGGUGGAACAAUGGGGGGUAGAGAUGCUCCUUCCGGUAUACCUUAGCAAAUGACAGCUCCCAGAAUCCUUUGGGAGAAGCCCUGAGUGUUCAAAGUGGUAUCGUAGCACUUUCAGUGUGUAGCGCGAUUGUGGCCCGUGUUAGGGGAAAGUGGAACAAAGGUGAUUUCAUCAUAUUGGUGUGAGAUACACACUCUGGCUCACAGUGAGAUUAAAAAAAGGAAAUAACAAUAUUUUAAAAGCAGCUUGGUGUCAGUCAUGUCGGGCGCCAUGCCCAAGGUUAGCACAGAAGCACCAAAAAUCCAGCGGCAAAUACAGAACGCCAGACAGAUCUCCCGCAGCAGGACAUUCCAGUGUCGGGUCACAAUAACAGGCCUUGUUCCUUUCCCCCCCACUGCACAUAUCUCUGAAACAGGCAAGACUUGUGAUGAGCCCACCCCCUGGUCCACUUGUUUAAGAUCAUUUGGGGUUCAUUCAUUGUAUUCGAACAUGGCUGGGCCACCCUGUUGCAGUCUUCCAGAUGUGUGUCUGGGGCUCCAUCUCAUCUGCUUCACAUCUGGGGUGCUGAUGUGAUGGAUGGAGUGGCGGGGGGGGGCUAAGAGGAGGAAACGAGACAGUCUGCAAAAAAUGCCAAGCAUGUUUCUAGGUCCUGGCAAGGCCACAUUUGGUGGGGAAAACACACAUUGUGAGACUCCCUGCCUCCAGCAAGAGUUUUGCCCCUUGCCAAAAACGAGCGAAUCUUCCGCAACUGCCUGAUAAGGACAGGCCUGUCGUUUUUGCAAGACGACUGAAAUAUGUUCCCUGCAAGCGCUAUUAAUACCAUAUGUUGUUUUCCUUUGUCCCACGGUCCCUUAAAAAAUAUUAAUUGGGAGUCUGAGAUCCCACUUCACAAGUUAGCUUCGGAGUGAAUGUUGUUGGGGUAACUGGAAACCAUUUACUUCAGAACUUUUGCUCUGCCUUUCUGUGAGGUGAAGUUCCCACCAGCAGGUUUCCCCCUCUAAAAUAUAAACACACUGGGUGCACAUCUAAUGCCGUAAGAUGGUAUCUGCGGCUAGUUUCCGUUGUUUCUUCUCACGGAAAGCUGUGUGUUUCUACGUCCCCAUUUGCACCGCGCAUUUAAAGCUCUUGAAGCAGCCCUGGCUUCCCUCAAAGAAUUCUGGGAACUGUAGUUGGUUAAGGGUGCCGAGCGUUGUUGCCCCUCGCAAUUCCCAGAAUUCCCUGGGAAGAAGCGGGAUUGAACGCUAAACCUCUCUGGGAAUUGUAACUCGGGGAAUUGGGGAGGGGUGUCUCUUAACAGCUCUCAGAACCCUUAACAAAACUACAGCUCCCAGGAUCCUCUCCCAAUUCCUGGCACCUUUUGUGAACCAGAAUUCCCAGCAUCCUUUUAUUGGGCCGAACUGUUACCAGUGGCGUUGCUGUAAAAACUGACGCUAGUUUUGCCAUAUAGACGUGCACUCAGGGCUACACUCACUAAGUGUUGCACGCUUGUUCUUGUUGUGUGUAGAUCUCUUGCACAGGCCUGCACACCAGCCCUCUCCUCCUUUUCCUCACCGCCACCCCCGGCCCACCCUCUCACUGUGGUGCUCACAUCUUCGUUGCUGUGGGCCAGCCAGUCUGCUUUUCUCUCCUUCACCGACUACAGUUAUGCAGAAGAUCUUACACAGCUUCCCCAUGUGGUUCCUGGUAGCAGGGGUGGGGAGGUUGUCCUCUGGGAGAGUGCCUCAUCUUUAUGGUUGAGCCCAUCACCAUCGCCCUUCUCCAGCUGUGGCGCAUGAGAAGCAGAUGGGCUGGAGACGCAUGGAAACAGCCUCCCCACGGAGCUAAAAUGGGCUUCUGCAUCAAGGUGGGGGGCCCUGUGGCCCAGAUGUUAGUGGGCUCCUCCGCCUUCCAUCAUCCCAAGCCAUUGGGCCAUGCUGGCUGGGUGCUGAUGGGAGUUGUAGUCCAGCAACACCCGGAGGACUACAAUUCUAUCCCCGCCCCCUGCAAAAAAAACCCUGCUCUACAUUGUGAGCUUUUCAUUAACUCCUGUGCAAUUCCUGGCUGGAAAUAAUCCCCUCUCAGUUGGGACUGUGUGUAUCCCACCUUAAAAAAACAAAACCAACCACCUAAAACUGCAGAAUGCAAAACUAUCUGAAUUCGAAACCACAUGCAACCCCCCCCCCAAAAAAACCCCACACCAAGGUAGUGUGUUUUUUUUUCUUGUGCAAAAUGUCUGCAUUUUGCCAGCUGUGCAGGCUCCACACAGCCUUGUCUGGAACACAACGGAAUAUUAUUUUGGGUGCUCUUGUGACACCCCAAGCGUCAUCAGUUCCCCCUCUUACACCUGAGUUUCUCUGCAGCCUUAAGGGCAAUAGGUUUUGAUAUUUAAGUUGUUUUCGCCCCUGUUGUGGCCUGGUAAGAACCGGCCUGCGCUCUCGCAGACUCCCUUGGCAUGCACAGUUCCUGUCAUUGGAAGGGAAGAGAGGGCCAUUUGGGGCCCUUCUAUGGGGCCUGCCUUAUUACUAUUAAAUAUUUAUACCCACCCAUCUGGCUGUGUUUCAGCCAGUUGCCCUCUUCCCUUUCAGCAGCUGGCAGCUAUCUUGUUCGCAGUCCCCUCACACAGAACCACUCCUUGCGCAGGAGCAUUAGCUGUCAACCUUCCCCUUUUUUGUGGGAAAUUCCCAUAUUCCAGCGCCGUUUCCCGCUGCUUCCCGCUUCUAUCCCGGAUUGUUAGAUAUCCCGUAGACCGUCCCCGGGACAGGUGAGGCCGCUGAUCCCUUAUUUUCGAGGCUGCUGAUCCCUUAUUUUCAAAUCUGAAAGUUGACAGCUAUGCGCAGAACCUCAACCGUCACUCGGAGGGCUGUCUGCGGAGGUGGCCAGGCUACCGCUUUAUAACCUCACUUCACCAUCACACUUCUGGGCCGGGUCUAACAGGUCUUCUCAGGAAAUAUCCCCUGCCUGGCAUGAGGCCUGUAGAAUUGUGCCAUCUCUCUCUCCCCCUUUGUAAAACCUCUUUCCUUACCCCGCCAAGCCUGCAUGUUGUGACAGACUUUUUUUUUCUUCUCCCCCCCCCCUUUUUAUGGCUCUGCUUUGUGUGUGUGUGUGUGUCCUUUCCGUUGCUGCUCCUUUUGCCCCCAACCCAACCCAACCCCCCCGUCCGAACUUGUGCCUGCCGACGCGGUCCUGCCUUUCUAAACAGCCGUUGCCGGGACUUGGAUGAGCAGAUCCGGUUAAUGGACCAAAACUUGAAGUUCCUUGCUCAGGCUGAAGAAAAGGUACUAACCCUUCCUGCCCGCCCCCUCCCACAACCUCCGGCUCCAUCGAACGCCCGUGCUGCUCCCCAUUUCUUUCCCCCUGAAAAGAAAAGAAAAAAGAAGAAAGCUCCUUCGAGCGCAUUUCUCCUCUCGCUUCCUCAAUACGCUUUGCUUGCUCUCUCUGUAUUUUUUCUCUCUGUCUCACUUCAACUGGUUUCAUUUUACUUUUCCUGCCGAGCAGGUUGCGGCUGCUGGGGCCCUGCUCCAUGGCACAGCGGCUUCCUUCAGGAUGGCAGUGAGGCCUAAUGGAUUCCAGGCAAGGUUUUCACCCUGGACCCAGAGCCUACCAGGCAGCUUUUCGCUGCAGCUUGCAGGCUGUGUAGUCAUGCUUGUGUGUGUGUGUGUGUGUGUGUGUGUGUGUGUGUAUGCAAAAAUCCCCGUUGUGCUAAUGCUCCUGACGUUUUAUGUACUGAACAUAUUAGUCAGUAAUACAGUGGUACCUCCGGAUGCGAAUGGGAUCCGUUCCGGAGCCCCAUUUGCAUCCUGAGUAGAACGUAACAUGCGACUUUGCGUGCGCGGGUCGCGUUUUGCCGCUUCCGUGCAUACACGUGACAUCAUUUUGAGCGUCUGCGCUUGCGUGAGCGGCGAAAGCCAAAAGUAACGCUUCUGUUACUUCUGGGUCGCCGUGGAGUGUAACCUGAAAACGCUCAACCUGAAGCAGAUUUAAUUUAACCCAAGGUAGGACUGUAAUCUUUUACUGAACUUAUUAGUUGCUUAAAAAAGAAAAAGUAACUCAAAGUAUCUUAGAAUGAACACAUACAUGAAAACCAGCAUAAAAACAUCUGUAGAAAAAUCUAAAACAUAUUCAUAGUGGGGUUUUUUUUAAAGGCAAGAUUUAAAAUACCUCACAUGCCCAAGGAAACCACAGAUAGUUAAAAGCCAGGGGCCUGGUAGAAAACAAACAUUUUGGAAGGUGCCCAAAGCUGUUCAGUUGAUGGCGCCAGUCGAGCCUCUCAGGGGAGAGCGUUCCGCAAGCAGGGAGCCACCACCGAAAAGUCCCUGUUCUCUUGUUGCCGCCCUCCAGACCUCCUGGUGGGAGUGAGAGCAUGGAAAAGGGCCUCAGGUGGCCCCGGGGGUUGUGGACAAUGUGUGUUGUAGUGCCAAUUCAUUCCAUUCAAUAAUUUGUUAUGUUUCUAUGCCAAUUUUCACUCACACAAGUCACAAAGCGGCUCACAAAUAAUAAAUAACAACAAUAGAAUAUCACAGUUGCAGAAUAAUUAACUAAUCAUCAGUCAAUGACUUCUGGACUUCAUGGACGAUAGGUAUUGUAGGCCCAAUGACUGGCUACUCCGUUUUUUAAAAAAAGGCUUUACAGUGGACGCUCGGGUUGCGAACAUGAUCCAUGCGGGAGGCACAUUCGCAACCCAGAGCGCCGUGUCUGUGCAUGCGUGGGUUGUGAUUUGGCGCUCAUGCGCGAGCGCCCCGGAAGUAACCCGUUCUGGUACUUCCGGGUUUCGGCGCAUCUGUAACCCGAAAACGCACAACCUGAAGCGUCUCGAACCUGAGGUAUGACUGUAUAGGUCAGAGACAACACAUUAAAAUGUGCCCAAAUAUGAACUGGAAACUGGCACAGAUGUCGCAAACAAAACACAAGAGCAGUUCAGACGGUACAAAGUGCAGUCGCCAGACUUCAAGCCUAUAAUACACACACACACAGAAUUCCUACAUGACCCGAUUUACAGAGCCUGCAAGGUGUUGUGUUUGGCCGGUGCCUGGGUCCUCAAAACCUUUUGUCUCCCGUGGAUGGGGAGCCAUUGUUGGCCUUGUUAGGCCCCUCUCCUGAAGUCUCUUCGACCCAUGGAUUCACUCUCUUCUCUUUCUCUCCUGUCCUCCUUUUUCUCCCUUUCCCAUCCAUUAUUUCUCUCUCUCUCUCUCUCUCUCUGGCUUCCUCUCUUACUCCCUUCCCCGCCCUCCUCGGCAAACACACUGCAGCAAAUGUUCGGAGCUGGAAGAGGAGUUGAAGAAUGUCACCAACAACCUCAAGUCCCUUGAGGCUCAGGCUGAGAAGGUAGGGCUGGCUAUUCUCCUCCCCACUGUGGCCGGAGGAAUAGCCUUUCCCUCCCACCCACCCCCUGAUAAUCCUUCCGUGUUUACUCAGUUGAAGCCUGGAAAGUAUACAAUGAGGACGUCGAGAGGCCCCGUAUAGAAUUGUAGAAUUGAAAGGUGGGACCCCAAGGGUCAUCUAGUCAAACCCCCUGCAAUCACACCUGAAGCCUCCAUGACAGAUGACCAUCUGGGCUUGUACAUGAGCCAUUGGCCUGAUCCAGCAGGGGCCAGUUAAAAACUAAAGCACUCACUUUAUGGAAAUUCCUUACUUUUGAAGAUAAGCCAUUUACAGUUCAAAGUCUCCUGAAUUCACUAGUAACAACAGCUAUCUGUUGCGAGGAAUAAUAUACAGUGGUACCUCGGGUUAAGUACUUAAUUCGUUCCGGAGGUCCAUUCUUAAGCUGAAGCUGUUCUUAACCUGAAGCACCACUUUAGCUAAUGGGGCCUCCUGCUGCCGCCGCGCCACCGGAGCACGAUUUCUGUUCUCAUCCUGAAGCAAAGUUCUUAACCUGAAGCGCUAUUUCUGGGUCAGCGGAGUCUGUAACCUGAAGCGGAUGUAACCUGAGGUACCACUGUAUUUACUUUGUAGGGAGAGCUGGUGGUUCAAACUGGGCAGCGAUCUGUGGGGUACCCAGAUGGUCAUCUGUACCCACGUUAGGUACCCAGCAGGGCAGAGUCUCUCCUUUCCUGACUCAAGAGCAGUGAUCAGCUCUCCUGCUGGAAUAAUAUUAGAUAAACAAAGCUGCAUCAAGUGUCUCAAGAUCCCUCCUACAGGGAUAAGGUCCCUGCAAUGGUCACUUUUCCAUGGUGGCGUUUAAAAUAACUUUGUACAAAGGCACAACUUUAAAAUUAAAAUGGCUUGAAGCCCUGAAAAAAACAAAGCUAAAACUAAAACACUCACAAGCGGCACCAGGAGGCCUCAGUGAAUGGCAAUAUUCCUGUUGUGUGCUGGCUGCUGAAACGAAUGGCAAGCAGGCACCCCAUUAAAAUAUCUUUGGGGGUUCCUCCUCCUGAGAAAGCCUGGUCCUAGUAACCCGUCUGCCCGAGCCCAGGGCAGGAUGUGCAGAGCAGCUCCUUCGGGGGCCAGGAGGCAGAGAAGCGUCGGCAGCGGAAGAAGGGUCAGAUCAGUGGAAGGCGUUGCUCGCAGAAGGGUCUUGGGUUCGAUCCCCGGCUCCUCCAGUUAAAGGAUCAGGUGGCGGUGGUGGGGCGGUGACCCUAAGGAGCUGCUGCCAGAUGAGUAGAGAUGAUACUGGGUUGGGGGCAAGAGUUCUGGCUAUAAGGCAGCUCCCUGUGUUCUGGAAUCGAGGCAUGUGGCUCUUUUGUGGGGUGUAUUAGUAAGCUAUUGCUUUUAUUUUUAUUUUAUAUACUGUGAUCUUUUUAUGUGAACUGCCCUUAGACCUCUGGGUAUAGGGCGAUGUAUAUAAAUUCAAUUAAUAAUAAUAAUAAUAAUAAUAAUAUAUUACUUAUACCCCGCCCAUCUGGCCGAGUCUCCCCAACCACUCUGGGCGGCUCCCAAUCGAGUGUUAAAAACAAUACAGCAUUAAAUAUUAAAAACUUCCCUAAACAGGGCUGCCUUCAGAUGUCUUCUAAAAGUCAUAGAGAGUUGUUUAUUUCCUUGACAUCUGGUGGGAGGGUGCCACCACCGACAAGGCCCUCUGCCUGGUUCUCUGUAACCUCACUUCUCGCAAUGAGGGAACCGCCAGAAGGCCCUCAACACUGCACCUUAGUGUCCGGGCUGAACAAUGGGGGUGGAGAGGCUCCUUCAGGUAUACAGGACCGAGGCUGUUUAGGGCUUUAAAGGUCAGCACCAACGCUUUGAAUAAAAUUUGAAUGAAAUAAAACCGUGUUGGGACGUGGGCGCUGCAAAGCCCCCUUGCAUGUCUGCCACCCUGGGGCAUUUAGCAUAUCGCAUAGAAUUCUAAUCGGCCCCACAAGGCUCUCUUAGUUAAACUAUGGAACUGUCUGCCACAGGAGGCGGUGACGACCACAAACCUAGAUAGCUUUAAAAGAGAAUUGGGAGCAGAUCCACAGAGGAGAGGUUUAUCAAUGGUUGCUUGACACGGUAGCCGUGCUCUGGUCUUCACGGUCAGAGGAAGCAAUGCUUCUGAAUGCCAGUUGCUAGAAGCGGGGGGGGGGGGGGGUUUGCUCUUGUGCUCGGAUCCUGCUUGCCAGUUUUCUGCAGGGAUCUGGUGGGCCAUUGUGAGAACAGGAAGCUGGAAUGGAUGGGACAUUGGCUUGGUUCAGCAGACUCUUCUUACUUGGUGGUAUUAUUAUUAUUAUUAUUUAUUUAUACCCCGCCCUCCCCGACCAGAGCCGGGCUCAGGGCAGCUAAUACCAAUAAAAUCACAGUAAAAACAUAAUAGGGGGGGAUUUAAAAUACAGGUUAAAAUGCAAUUUAAAAUGCAGCCCCAUUUUAAAAGUAGCCGAUAAAUCAAGACCAAAAGGGGAGGGAAACAUAAGGGUCAGACUGAGUCCAAACCAAAGGCCAGGCGGAACAGCUCUGUCUUGCCGGCCCUGUGGAAAGAUGUCAAGUCCCGCAGGGCCCUAGUCUCUUGUGACAGAGCGUUCCACCAAGUCGGGGCCAGUACUGAAAAGGCCCUGGCCCUAGUUGAGACCAAUCUAACCACUGUGCAACCUGGGACCUCCAAAAUGGUAAGAGAGCAGUUGGGACCACAGCCACGUUCCCCCCCAGUAAGAGGCCGCAACGUUUGCGAAGAGUGGUUUCUGGGUGGAGCAGGGGAAGCUGUUUUGCGUACAGUGCUUUGCCAUUGUGGAAAUGUGGUUGGAAUAUAACUCAGAGGUAGGGAACCCCUGUCCGCCCAGCAGUUACAACUCCCUGUCCAGUGACCAUAGUGGCUGAGGCUGAUGGGAGUUGCAGUGCAGCAACGUCUGGAAGGACGCACAGAUUUUUCACUUAGCCCUGGCACAACUUGCUUUUUCUAGCCUCACUUCUUAUAAAUGGAACGAACGAAUCGCUUCCUGUAAAAUAUACUUGUUAAUAUUUAACAAAGCAGUUUCUUCUAAAUAGACUGGGUUAAAAAACCUCUGCUUUAAAGAACACAACCCUUUUGGCAUUAGUAUUAUAUCUAGGCAAGUCUUGGCUAACGAUAAUUCAAGAUGUGGGUCCCUGGAAGCCCUUGGGAGUGGAAGUAGAAUAAAAACCCUGUCUCAGGACUGCUCUCCUCCCCUCUGACUAAGAGCUGGAGGCAUCUUCCUAUCCUUACCCCUACUUAUCCUCACAACAACCUUGUGGGGUAGGGCAGGCUGAGAGCCAGCGGCUGACCCAAGCUCUCCCAGUAAGCUUAGUGGCCAAGCUGGGAUUGAAGGCCUGGUUUCUCUCCCAGAAUGAACACAAUGCUCUUAACAAUUUCACCACGUUGGCUGUCAUUUUCAUUCUGCCUUCGCCCUCUCUAUGGCAGGGGAAGGUCUGUUUCUUUAAGUUUUCCAUUAAACUUAAAGAAAGAUGUUGAGAGUGGGAUCUGGCCUUUGCAGUGGGGUGCUGGUAGUGAGUCGCCUUGCUAUGUCUGGACCCUGAGCUGUGCCUUCUCUCCCCCCAGUACUCUCAAAAAGAGGAUAAAUAUGAAGAGGAGAUCAAGAUCUUGACCGACAAACUCAAGGAGGUGAGCUAUGCCUUAUGCGAAGGGUCAAGGUGGGUGGGUGUCCUUUCUUGGGCCGCUCCUUGGCAACAUGGGGCAAAAUGUUGCUGAACUACAACUCCCAUCAUCCCUGGCCAUCAGCCUUGCUGGCCGGGGCUGAUGGGAAUUGUAGUCCCAACAACACCACACUGUCUGCCUUUGUAAUAGACUUGACUAGUAUCUCCGGAGGCAUGGCACAUUGGGAAGAGUUUGGACAUAAUCAAUAUGCAGCCCUGCUUGUAAUGUAAACCCCGCUCCCCCCCCCCGCCAGGGGACAGACCAAUGGAGGCGGGAGAUCGAAUAGAUCAGACCUCCCCUUUCUUGACUGACAGUGAUUCUUUCUCCCUUUCCCAGGCUGAGACCCGUGCCGAGUUUGCUGAGCGGUCAGUAGCCAAGCUGGAGAAGACCAUUGAUGACUUGGAAGGUAGGUGUGGGCAGGAAGGUGGUGCAGUUGGAUAGGGAGAAUCCAGCUAAACGGGAGCUUCUUCCUUGAUAACGGCACAUAGCAUGCCGUGAUUUUAUUUCGCCACCCUGGUGACUGGUUGUUGCAGAUUCUUAACUCCCAUCAGCCCCUGCUGGUGCUGGUCAAGGGGAUGUUGGGAGUUGUAGGCCAGUGACAUCGUAUCAGCAGCAGGGUUAGCAACCCUCUGCCUUUAUUUCUCUCUCUUUUACCUUGACGUCAGGUCUGGUGUUUUGUACCUGUACACGCAGCUCUUGAUUAUUCUGGUCCUGUGUCUAGGAGCCCUAGAAACAGAAUACGUUUGUGUGUCAGUAGAAUACGUGACCUGUCUGUCUGUCUGUCUGUCUGUAGUGCAGUGUGGACUUUGAAAACUGCUUGGGGUGAGGCUAGGGGGAGUUAAGACCCCCUUCGACCCUGCUUUUUGUUUUGUUUGCCCUCCAGUGGUCUCUGCUUCUUGAAGGCCGGAGGGAGCCUAAGCCCAGCAUUCUCCAACCUUGGGCCCCCAAUAUGAUGUCGGACUACAACUCCCAUCAGCCCCAGCUGGCAUUGUCCCAGUGGUUGGGUGAUGGGAGAUGUAGUCCAAGCAACCUUAAGCCAUCAUUUACCUUUCCCCCUCUGCUCCCCCAUUUGUCCAUUCUGGCAACUUCAUUGUUUUUAAAGCCUUGUUCCCCACUCCAAGGUGGAUGCAUGAAAUUGACCUUAAGUGUCUCUUUCCUGGUACAUUUUGCACCUAGCUUGAGACAAGGCUUUUCCAAACUUACGGACUCGUUGACCCCCUUUGCCUGCUUCUAAAAGUGCCAUCGACUGUGACUCCAAAUCCUUAGGAAUGUAAAUGAAAGGAAGUCAAGGAACAUCAGUAUAAAAUCAUCACUUGUUAAUCAUCCAUCACCAUUACCAGGAAUCAUAAAAUGUAAAAAAAAAAGCAAGAAUCUUACUCGGUGCAAAGGUUCUUCAUUGGCAAAGGGAGUUGCACUCUGUACAUGCCCCUGGGCUCUUUAUUGCUGAGGCCCUUGGUCCUAUUUUGAAAAGCAGUCCUUUCUGAAUUGCCUUGAUUUUACAAUUGGGGGUAUCGCGGCUGAGCUGCGGCCUAAGUAACAUCUAGGCAGCCCUCCUUGCAGUAGAGCAGGCAUAGGCAAACUCUGGCCCUCCAGAUGUUUUGGGACUACAAUUCCCAUCAUCCCUGACCACUGGUCCUGCUAGCUAGGGAUGAUGGGAAUUGUAGUCCAAAACAUCUGGAGGGCCAGAGUUUGCCUAUGCCUGCAGUAGAGGUUAGCAGCUAGAAGCCCCUGGGGCCUUGUCUAGCCUUCCCCUCCCUGGUGGAGGAUUUGUCGACUACCGCCAACCCAGAAGCAAUGCACUUUGGACAGCAUUUAUUGGGGGUAGGGUGAGGGUUUGCCCCCCCCCCAUUCCACUCCUUGGAAGCCCACACAGAAAACCAGCUGUGUCUGAAAUGUCUCCUGGAAUUACCUGUAGCUGGAUCGCUUUUAAAAGAUGAGGCGAAAGUUAACUCGGCUCUGUGCUGAUAAGGGAAGUGGAAAUAUGUUUGUUCACCACAGGCCCGGCCCCAUCUAAGAGUACCUUUGCAACACCUGGAGAUCCAGAGGGUGUUCACCUGCCCACUCUCACUGUUUAAUCUGCUAGGAGUGAACAGGUGCGGCCGUGUUUCCAAGAGCUCUUUCCUGCCCAAGGGCGUCCUCCUUUAGACCUUGGGGAGAAACAAAGAGCCCUCCUUUAUUUCAAUUAUGCUCUCAAAAAAACCCAGUGGGUGUUCGUCAGGGAAAAGCAUGCAGGGAAAAACCUCCAUGGGUGAAAUUAAACCUGCGGGGGCCCUAUUUUGACCUGCAAGGCCAUUUCUCUCCGCCCCCCCCAGUCCUGCACACCAGAUGUCAAAUGCAUUUGCAGUUGUUCCUGUGGAAACAUUAUCCGCCUUUCGAAAGCAGUGGCAAAUGCAAGCUUUUCCCCAGGUUGCUUCCGAUCCCUGCUGCGAGCCCCGCUUUCGGCAGGGAAAGGGAUGCCAGAUUCUUCCUUUGCAGCCCUGGCUUUGCUAGAAAGGAAGGGAGGCUCGGACUUGCUUUUGUGCGCUCCCAAUUCUAAGACGCGACUGAAGGCGAUUGACCGGUUGGGUGACUCCACCUCCCUGCCAAACAUGGCCCACGGAGACUAGGCCAGUUCUGGAUCUGGCUGGCAGAGGGUGGUCCACUUUUCCAACUCUUUCUUAACAUUUGAAACAUCUUUUUUUUAAAAUAAAAAAAAGAAUAGGUUCUUAUGUGUUUUAAACUCCCAAACGUGGAAUUUACGGUUCGAAUGCAAAUGAGUGUGUUCAGGUUUUUUUAAUUUUACAAUGAUGUUUCGUGUGCUGUCCUGAAACAAAGUUUUCUGGGCAGCUUGUAAGUAUACGCAGUGAGGGGGGGAAAGUAUUUGAUCCCCUGCUAAAUUUGCCCGUUUGCCUUCUGACGAAGAAAUGACCAGUCCCUAAUUUUAAUGGUAGGUUUAUUGUAGCUGUGGGAGACAGAAUAACAGAAUAAAGUUAAUUUAGGGUAACUUUUAAGUUAACUUUUGUCUUCCGGGUUUCUGGGGUUUUUCCUGUUGUUAUUCUGUCACUCACAGCUACAAUAAACCUACCAUUAAAAUUAUGGACUGUUCAUUUCUUCGUCAGAGGGCAAACGGGCAAAUUUAGCAGGGGAUCAAAUACUUCCCCCCCCCCACUGUAUAAACAACCCAAGCACAACAUAAAUACAAAAUAAAAGAUGAGGGUGUUAAUUAGAAGGGAACUUGACUAGCCCCUGUCCCCUCUGCAGCCCUCUGUGAAUUCCCCCCAAGCCUCUAUGGAAGACGUGAGGGGUCUCCUGAAGGAUAUGGGGUGUGUGUGUGUCCCAGGGUGUGUGUAUUCAAGGACGGAAAGUCUUCCUUCCAUUAACUCGGGUUAAUUUAGCAAGCCAAGCCUGUAUCUCCAGCGGAAUUCCAAGAGUAUCCAUUUCUUCUCCCUUUCCAUUUCACAAAAUGUCUGUAAAAUCACUCCUCUGCCCAGAUUUGAAAUCUGAAUUGCAAGAUGUGGCUCAGGUAUAUUGCUUUGCCUUGUCGUUCUUGUCUAUCGUCCAGGGCGGACUUUGGUAAUAUGGUACCCCGAGUGAGGACAGAAUUUGGCACCUUGCCCCAUACAUUAUUUUCAAAUUUUCCAUUUUUAAAAAAUUAUUAUUUUGCACCCUCUCAACUCGGCAUCCUGUGCAGUGAAGCAGCUCCACCCUAAAUCCAGUACUGGUAUCAUAGAGUGUUUUUUUCCUCUUACUAUUUUUUUUUUUUAAAUGCUUUCACUUCUUUGUUCGUUGAGCUGUUUGUGAGCUCAUGGCCCCAAUGUAAAGAAACUGAUAUGCAGCUGGCACUCAAAGCCCAGGUCAAGACACAAUUGCAGUAGUUUGUGGUGUGACCCACAGGUCAUAAGAGUCAACUUUCGGAAAAGGCCAAAUAGCGACUCAGGAAACUCUUAGCAGUUGACUGGAUGUUUCAGUGUUGGUCCUUUCUUAAAAGCUCAGUAAGUGAUACUUUCCCAGUAUUUGUCGACUGCUCACUUAAGAUUAGCAAGCCGUCUCUGGCAGAGCUUAACUUCUGGGGAAUCUCAGCUCAUGGCACUACACCCUACAUAAUGCCAUAGGGCAGUGACCCCAAAAUGGGGCAACCGGGGCACAUUCUGCUGUGGCCCCUCUUCUGUGGCAUCACUUCUCCCCUUGCAAAAUAUGAGUAGCUGGGGAAACCCGGAUGGGUGGGGCAUAAAUUAUUAUUAUUAUUAUUAUUAACAACAACAACAAACCCACACAGCACAAAAUUGUUCCUGUUGUGCUGAAGGAUGCUCAGUCAAAGCAGCUGAUGACAGGCUGCCCAUAACUCUGGACCCUAUUAUGCUCUUGGAAUAGAGUAACUUCUCUGUAGAGAGAAACAGCCCUGCAACAGGCUGCAAACGGCCCUGAAAACGGCAGUCAGGGCCUUGAAACGCUUUUGCGGGGUUACCAUCUGAGGAAGUUUGUCAAAACAGGACCUUGCCCACAGCUUCCCCAUUCCUGACAUAAAGGCUUUUACAAAAACUUAUUUAUAAUUUUCAUUAUUACCAUUUCCAAAAUCACAUUCACUUUCAAAUACACAUUUCCACCGUUAAUAUCUUUCUUUUAAUAAAAACAUUCAGCGACUUCCCUUUCCCCCCUUCCCUGGUUCCUUUAAUAUUCCCACCAUUCCUGCAUAUUAUUAUGCAUCCAUUUAGAUCACUUUCUCCCCUUAUUCUUCCUUUAUUAUAUAUUAUACCGUUGCAUUUACCUUAAUGCUGCUAGCAUUUUCACUUUCUCUCACUUUCAGUCCGGUUACACUUCUAAAUAAAGAAGCAGCUCAUAUUAACAACCCUUAAUGGGUGUCUUCUCCCCCCAAAGAAAACCUCUAACAGGCAUUCACCAUCUUCAAAAGAUGCAUCUCCUACUAUUGUGUUCCUUUGUUUUAUUUAAAAUAUAUAUUUCUUGCUUCUUACCAUCUAGGUCUUACCAUUGUUUUUAGCAAGCACCGAAAAGAGUACAUUGCAGGCACUUGCACGAUAUCGAUAGGCAGGGAGUUCCAAAGUGUAGGUGCCACUAUGUUAAAAACAACAAUUUCUUACAGAUACAGAAUAGGUAUUAGGUGGCACCUGUAACAGUGCUAAUUCCGCAGAUCAAAGUGGUUGAGUGGACAUGCAUUGGGUGGGAAGCAAAGGUGUUUUCACAGAUCCCAAGCUGUUAAAUAGCAACACCUUGAACUUGGCCCAGUAGCAAAUUGGCACCCAGUACGGAUCUCUGAGCACAGCAGGUAUUAUAGGCUGUCAAGGCCUCCCAUCCCAUCAGCAGUCUUGCUGAAAGAUUCUGCACUAACUGCAGCUUCUGGAUCAAGCACCAUCCAUGCACACACACACACACACACACACACACUCGUACCUUGGAUCUCAAAUGCCUUGGCUCCCAAACAAAUUGAAACACCAAAGUGAUUGUUCUGUUUUUCGAACGUUCUUUUGGAAGCUGAACGCCCGGCGGGGCUUCCGAUUGGCUGCAGGAACUUCCUGCAGCCAAUCAGAAGCCACACUUUGGUUUCCGAACGUUUUGGAAGUCAAACGGACUUCCUGAACGGAUUCCGUUCGGCUCCCAAGAUACGACUGUAUAGCACAUUGCAGUAAUCCAAUCUUGAAGUAACCAGUGCAUAAGCUACUCUGGCUAGGUUUUCCUAGUGCAGGAACAGGUCCAUAGCUGUCAGAGGUUUCUCUGUGAUCGGUUUUUCCGUUCGCCUUGGCCGCCGUUGGGGAUCCAUUCUCUGCUAUGUGAAUAUCUGACCUCACUCUUUCCUCCUUCCCUCUGUAAACCCAUCACUGGCUCCUCCUCCUCCUCCUGACGGCCUGGACGACCUGCCUUCCCUCACUUCUCCUCAUCCCCCUUUUCUUUAAAUAGACGAGCUGUAUGCCCAGAAACUGAAGUACAAAGCCAUUAGCGAGGAACUGGACCACGCCCUCAAUGACAUGACUUCCAUGUAAAUACCGGCGCUUGGGCCUGUCGGGUGCGCGGGGUGGGGGCUUGUGUGUUCGCCUCCGCUUCAGCGUGCCUUGUGUGCUGUGGCAAGCGCGGUACUAAUGCUGCUCCAGCGGUUGGGUUAGGCUGUUCAGAUGUCGCUGGACUCGCGACUCCUGCCGCCGCCGACCACUGUGCAUGCUGGCCGGGGCUGGCGGGUGUUGCGAGUCCGGCCAACAUCUGACGUGGUCCUACAGCUUCUCCACUCCCCGCUUCACGCCUCUGUAAGUGCAUUUAUUAUUAUGUGAUCCCUGAUUGGCUGGGACAUGUGUGCAGGACAGGAGGCCAGGGACCUUGGCUCUCCAGGAGUUGCUGAAUGACAGCUCCCAUCAUCCCUCGCCACUGGCCAUGCUUUUUGGGGCUGAUGGGAGUUGGGGGACCAGCCGGUAUCUGUAGGGCCACAAGCUUCCCCAUGCCUGGCCCUAAAGUUGCAGCAGGCGAUCCCUAGCUAGACAGUCCAGCGGGCUGACUUCGUAUAAAGCAGUAUGCGUGAUUUGCAAAUUUGGUAAAUUUCAGCAAGGAUAACUCCCCUCCCAUGGUGAAAGCAAUCCCUCCCGUGUGUGUUUUUGGCACAGUGUGCCUAGCCAGCAUGGUGGCUCACAGAUAAUUUUUUAUUCCAGCGCCCGUCGUCAGGGUCAGCGAGGAGUUAGGAAUCCACCAAAUCUGGAAGGCCACAGGUUCACCAGCUGCUACGGAGCUGCUCAUUCGAACCCUCACUUUCAUUUGCAGUCGACAGACCCUUUAAACGAUUAAUAGCAAUUUUAUAACAAUGGACAACAGCCUUUAAAAAUGCAUGUUGCUGUGACUGAAAAACACAGGUUUUAAUGCUAGAGGUUUUCAUCAAUUGAUUAUAAGUGAUCUGAAACAGAUACCCAUAUUUACAAACUUCGCCACUUUCUCUGCAGCUAACAUUGGAGUCCUGGAGCAAAGUGAAACUCAGAACAGUGGCCAGGGAUGGACUGUGUAAUAGGAUAUAUUAGGUCUUUCCAGCCCCUUGAUAGAAACUACAGUGAAAAAGCACAUGCAAGGAUAGACUCCACAAAGGCAGCAUCCCUUCUCAUUGGGGUUUUGUUGUAUCUGCCUUCCAGUAAAUUGGACCGGAGAACAUUAAGCCCUACCAAAGUGAACCACUCCACCCCUCUCCCUCCCCCUUCCUCGAUCUGCCUUUUGGUAGAAUCAGGGUGGACCCUGUUUCCUGCACCCACGAAGGGCAAGGCCUUUCAAUUCCUCUUUCCAGGUAACUACAGCUGGCUGCCCCGGAAGAAGGGUUCCACACCCUGGUCCCCUUUGGGAGGAAAGGAGGGACAGUUUGCUCUAAUAAAUAAAAAAUAUUGAGACUUGGGUGGAUGAAUUAACACCCCCCACCCCCCCACGGCCCCCCCCAUUUUUUGCAUUGGGUUGGGGAGGCGUUGCAAGGAGCAUUUGUGUGUGGCUACCUUGCUUCACGGACAGCAUGAACCUUUGCCCUUCCCACUUCCAUCUUCCUGAUACCUCUUUGCAUCCUGGGUGGGGGGGUGUUCAGGGGGUUGUAUCAGGUCAGAGGCGCGGCGCGUAUUAACCAGAAGUUGCUUGGCAACGGCUGGGCGUGUGUUUGCAGGGCAAACCGCUUGCAUCUUUCUUCCCUUUUUAAAAAACGAAAGUUUGGUUUGAUAUAACCGGCUGCUUUUUGGCCUCUUGUGUGUGUGUGGGCUUGGUUUGCGGAUUUGACGGGACGCUCCCUGUCCUUUCCUUUCCCCUAACGACGGAAUGCGUUCCUCAAGUGUGCCGUACCCUCUCCCUUGUUCUCUUUCCAUGCACCAUGUUGCAACGGCCUUCUUUCCUUCCUUCCUUUCUCUCUCGCCUACAGAUAAAAUCUGUGAUUCCAAAGCUCCACUUAGUGGCUUCUUCCCGCAGCUUCUUCUCUUUUUUCCCUUCCGGAUUUCUUUUUUGGUCUCGUUUCCUCUCCCUCCGUUUGCUCCUGUCGGCUGAUCUUUCCCCCCCUGCGACGUCGCCUCAUCCUACACUGGCACCUUGGGGCAUCCGUGGGAACAAGCCUCUUCCCUACGCUGGGAUGUGCGUGACCUCACGAGCUGUCAGACUGCUGCCUGUCCCCCUCCCCGGCUGGGCCACUCCGCUGCACCCUUGGUCUGGAAAACAAAGCAGCCUUUGUGACGCCCGACGUGCCGGACUCUGCCCGGGCGUGGGGGAGCCGGGGGCGGGGUCCGGGAUUCUUGGCCGCAGAGCUAAUCGGAGCCUGGCUGGCUUGCAAGCAAGCGGGGUGACACUUCUGGGGUGUGUGUGUGUUUGUGUACUCCUGGAGACCGUGCUGCUGUAGCGACUGUCACACUGCUGGCUUUUACGAAACAGAUUUGUGUAACCGUCGGCGGAAUGUAAUAUAGACAUGAUGCACUAGAUGCUGGGCUGGGUCUGAUUUCUGCACCACCUUUCCACGAAACAGAAAAAGUCCUGUGGCUGUUGCACUGGGAAUGGUUACUCUGGGUUCGCUAAACACAUUUUGCAAAGGGUGUGACACACACUCACACGAGAACCGCUGCAUGAGGCUUGGCAUUGUCCACACAGCGACACCCUCGACACCAUUUUAUAUUUGGGGAGUUGGGGGGGAAACGAUCUUGGGCGGGGAUGAAAGGAUCGUAAAACUGCAAGCCAAAUGGUUUAAGCCCUUUUCUCUCUCCCCGCUUCAUAAGCUGAGCAGUCAGCGUGGGUCCCCGCAAUAGGAAAUGUUUCACACAGUGCAAAGCAAAACUGGUAAUUCGCCGCUGUGAGGAUGUGAUGUCGGUGGCGUCUUACUACACAAUUCACCUUUUCUUAAAUGGACAUUGGAGAAACCUCUCUGGGUCAGUCUAAAGGCCCACAUAGUCCAGGAUCCUGUUCUUGCAGUGGCCAGAUACUUUUUAAACCAUUAAAAAUAAAAAUCUUCAGGCAAUGCAACCAAUAUAUGAGCAUAAGUACAGCUCUGCUGGAUCAGGUCAAGGGCCCAUGUAGUCUAGCAUCCUGUUCUCUCAGUAUUCCUCUGGGAAGCUCACAAGUAGCCUUAUCCCCCACGAAUUUGCCUAAUCCCCUUUUAAAGGCAUCCGAGAUGCUGGCCAUCACCCCUUCUUGUGGGAGCGAAUUCCAGAGUUGUAACUACCGUGCAGAGAAGUCCUUUCAUUUUGUCUGUAUUAGGUCUGCGUGUUCAGAGGUUGCAUACCUCUGACUCCCAGUUGCCAGGGGACAUCCAGUGCCUGGCUUCCAGGCUUCCUGGAGACCCAGGGCAGACAAGCUGCUGUUCCCCCCAAGUGGGGCUGCCAUAUAAGAUGCACCUCUGGUCCGAUCCAACAGGGCGCAACUAUCUCCAAGUCAUGUUGUCAUGACAUUCUCAUCAGGACCGCAGCUGCUAAAUGCUGAAACAAACCCAUGUUUGUGCUGCAGCAGGUGUGCCUCUUGGGAAAGGAUGCAGCUCAGUCCCAGAGCCCCUGCUUUGCAUGCUGAAGGUCCCAGGUUCGAUCCCCGGUGUCUCUGGAAAGGGCUGGCUGCUCCUCAGAAGCACACUGCUCUUCUGGCUCAGUUUCACUCGCUCCACCUCUUCCACAACCCCUGCCCACCUUAAGACAUGCCCAUGUUUUACUGGAUGCCAGGAUUGGACAACCGCCAUCCUGUCCUUUCUGAACCCCAACCCCACCUGCCCCACUGCAUCUAGGAGCAGCCAAAGGAAUUGAGAUUCUGGUGCAUUUUGAACGAGGCAGGCAGCAUCAAGGGAUCUGGUCCAAGGGGAAGAUGGGGCAUAGCUGUCAACCUUCCCUUUUUUUGCGGGAAAUUCCCUUAUUCCAGCGCCGUUUCCUGCUGCUAUCCCGGAUUGUUAGAUACCCCAUAGACUGUCCCCGGGACAGGUGAGGCUGCUGAUCCCUUAUUUUCGAGGCUGCUGAUCCCUUAUUUUCAAAUCUGAAAGUUGACAGCUAUGAGAUGGGGACAUCAGGCCUGUCACCCGCAUGGGAACAGGAAGUGCGGGGGCUGCUUUGAAACACUCUAGCUCUAUGAUUAGAACCAACUCUACUUUUGCCACAGCUUCCCAGGCGCCACUUCGCUCACAGAUCCAGCCCUUCAGUGCUGCUCUUCUUUCCUCCUUCCUCCUGUGGGUGCUUUUUUUUUUUUAAGGGUUUCAUUUGCGUGGGGCUGUUUAGCAUACCCAAAAGCUGCUUGGUCAUGAUGCCACUCAGCUUGCCAGAUCCCAUCUUCAGACGUGUUAUCUCAGGCCGCCCAGCUGUUUCCCCGUCUUCCUGGCCAUGGAGCUUGCAUCUGGAAAGGGAGUGGGUGGCCCCCAAAGGACUGGGGCUCUGGCUGAGCCUCAGCGGCUCUGACCUCUUGCGCAGAAAGCAUUGCAGGUUUAAUUCCCUGGCACGUCCUUGUUAACAAUCUCUGUGCCUGAGAACAUGGGGGAGCUGCUGCCAGGCAGAGUUCUGGGCUAGAUGGGCAGGUGGUGCACCCGCCCAGUGUGAGGCAGCCUCCAAGGAACAUAAGAGCCCCGCUGGAUCAGGCCAGAGACUCCUCUAGUCCAGUAUCCUGUUCUGAUAGGGGCCGACCAGGUGCCUGCAAGCAAGAUUUGAGCACAAGAACCCUCUUCCCAACCCGCUGUUUGCAACAGCUGGAAUCCAGAAGCCUCCAAAAACUACCAGUGACUCUCUAGGGCAGGUGGUCCACGACCUUUUUGGACCAGAGGGCACAUUUGGAAAUGUAGGAACAACAAAACAACCCAUUUCACAGAAUGAAAAACGGGCAGGGCUCAGAAUGCCGACCCCUCUGAGCAUGCAAAGCACUAGACACCCAAAACAAAUAAAACUGGUAAACAAAGACCCACACACACACUUAUUUUUUUUAAAAAUAAAUAAGUAGCGAGGGGCAGGGGGCCUUGCUGAGCACUGGGGGCGGGUACCAUUGUGGGAUCUCCAGCUUCUAGGGUUUCUGUGCUCUUGCUGCAGGUGUCGUGGCUUCAACCCACACAAAAGCCGCUUUCCAUGCACAGCCGGGGUCUGUAUAAAGUUGGAGCUGUGCUCAGCUAGUCUGUUUACCUGUUUGGAGGGCAUUCUGCCCGCUACAGGUAGAAAAAGCAUCCUUCCAUAUGGCUUCCCCCUGCCGCUGGCACAGGAUAGGUUGCUGUGUGGUCCUCGUAAGGCGGUGCAAGGGAGGAGGUUGUGGCUGCAGCCGAGAGCCCAUUUUUGCCUAUCCUUUGGGAGCAGGGCCGUAGCUGAGUGACGCAGCUUGCAUGCAGAAGGUAACUGGUUUAAUCCCAAGGUAAAAGAGGCAGCGGGGCUGAGAGAUGCCUUUGAUGGAGACCUGUCACGACUGCUUGCAGACAAGGACGCCUGUGCAGCCAGUGGCCACCCAUCGGAUGUUGUUUGCCGUCAUCCCUGACCAUUGGCCAUGCUUCGAGAGCAAGAACAUGGUUGAACUACAACUCUCAUCAUCCCUGACCAUUGGCUAUGCUGGCUGGGGGCUGGUGGGAGUCCAGCAACUUCUAGGCGGCCACCAAUUCCCACCCCCCCUUUCUGUGUACGCAAUACUUAGCUAGGUGGAGUUCUGGUCCGGCUCUGAAAGGCAGCGCCGUAUCUGCCAUGCUGCCGUAUGUCUUGCGCUCAUUCCCCCUUGGCCUGUGAGUGCUUUGCCAGCAGCCUUCCUCUCUCACCGCCCUUCUGCUCCACCCGAUACCCCCACGUUCACCAACAUUGCUCCGAGAUGGGACAACGCACCAUAGGCAUCCCUCUUUAAAACAGAAGCAGGAAACUUCCAUUUUUUCCCCUUAAAGUAGUGUGAGAUGGGGAGCCGUUCCUGCUCCUUUGCAGCAUGCACUGACUAAAUUAUGAUCCUGGGAGCCGAUCCCACUCUCAUUUCUUAGGCUGUUCUAAAACAUGAAGCCUCUUCUUGAUUUAUUUCUCUUAUUCUCUCCCCCCACCCUCAGCCAGCGUUGUUCUGGCAAACCUCUCCCUGACCCCCUUGUUUUAAUUUUGCUUGAAACCAGCUGGGUUGGCAUGGCAUUAACUGAGGCGGGGGACGUGCCCCAUCUUUUGGUACUCAACUAACCUUCCUUUUUCUUUUCUUUUUUGUCCUCUCUCUUCUCUUUCUCUUCUCUCUCUCUCCCUCUCUCAUUUUGGUUUUCCUUCUCCUAAUCUCCUCCUCCUUCCUCUUGCCUCUGCACAGAGCGUCUAUACAGCCAGCUUGAGAAAAACCGGCUGCUGGCUAAUGAGCUGAAGUUAACCCUGCAUGAUCUGUGUGACUGAGAAGGGGGUCUCUCCUCUGAUCCUGUUUAAAGCCAGCUUUAUUUGGCGAGGCGCUGGGGGGGGAGCCUGCCGGACGCAGACUUGAAACCGGAGCGCACACUCUCCCCCCCUUCCUUUUUUUUCUUUUUAAAGACUUAGGACACUUAUUGCAGUUUAAUUGGAGCACUUGAUGCUUAGCCUUCCUAAUGUACUUAUUUUUCUAAGCUUUUGUUUUUCUACAAAAGCUGGGUGUUACUCACCGCCUGCUUUCUUGGCGCAGUAGCUUGCUAGCACAGGCCUGGUGGAGUGUUCAUCAGCCUUGGGUGUCCCCAAAGCUUGUUUUGGACUACAAAACCCAUCAUCCACAGCCAGCUUAGCCCAUGGCGGAGGUUGAUGGGCCUUGUAGUCCAGCCACAUGCGGGAACCCAAGGUUGAGAGUAGUAGCUUCUUCCUGUAGAUGCAGGCUGGGGAAUCUGCAGCCCUCUUGGACUCCAAGCUUCUCGCUCCCAAGACAUCCCAGAUCGUUGAUUGAAGCUGGUGUGAAUUGGGGGUGCUCCACAUCACCUGGAGGCCCACAGCUUCCCCAGCCCUGCUGUAGAAGACUAGCAUAGCAGUGGGGCGUUUUCUUGGCGUGGGGCGGCUCUAGAUUUCCCUCCCCACCAGGCAAUGCCCCUGUAGCUACUUCUGUUGACGCCCCUUUCUAUGACGCGGGUCUUCUGUAGCUCGACGUUCUUUCCUCCUUCUCUCCCUGCUCCCUUUUAGACCCCUCUUGCAUGGAUUGGCUGACUUGGUUAUUUCCAAAAAGUUAUCAUUUUCUUGUACCAAUAAAACCACUGGCCCACUUGGUUUCGUGCCUGGCGUGUACUUUCCCUGCCUGUGCUGUUUCUUUUGUUGGAUAAAUGUUGCUGUCUGGCAGGUAUUUUUUUAAAAAGGGGUGUGUGUGUGUGUGUGUGUUUGUGUGUGUGUAUGUACGUACGUUUUGUUCCACGGAGGAGAUUGGGUAGGUAUCAACCUCUGGAGCGACGCCUGGACAGAAGGGGGCACCCUGUCGCUACGGGAACAGUGACCAGAAUGGUGUAACCGCGCCGGAAGCGAUUGGGACCCUGUUCCACCGUUCAGGGGGAACCCUUUGAUGCUUGGUCAAACGGGACACCUGCCUCUGCCAUCUCGGGACUCAAGCAGCCAGCCUCAAAAGGCAAUCGCCUACUUCAUUUAUUCUUUUGGCUCUUCCCAACCCACCGUUCUGAAGCUUGGGAAUGCAUGGCAGCUGCCCACUCUCCUUCCAAAACUGCCAGAAGAGCAGAACUAAACUUGACUCAUCUCAGAAUGGCACACUUUCAUGUACGGGUUGCACUGUGGCGAUAGGUCUGCCUUCUGCCCGUUGUUCGGUUUUUCGAGAUGCCGCGCCCGCCAUUGCCACUCUGCUUGCCGGCGUCUCGAUCCCGCUGCCCCUACGCAAAAGGGGUCGUGGCUUCCUUGCAGACGGGGCGGUAUCUAGGGAAGCAUUCACGUUCCUCCUCGAAAUGGCCGCGGGGGAGCUUUCAAAAAGUCACGAGGCUCCACAGUGUCACCUCCGCAUGUCGUCCAUGGCUGCGUCUGUUGUUUUUUUCCAAAAGGUCUUUUUUAGCUUUGCAGCCCAAGGCAUGGCAAACGAGGCAAUUGCUUGAGCUUGGUUGGAAUUUCAUAUGUAUGUCUCUGUGUGUGAGUGAAUACUCAUUUUCCCGUCAAGUAAAAAAAAAGCCCACGUUAUGAUCAGGAUUCUAAAGUUGCACAGGUACGGAAAAAGCCACAGGGCGGAGCACUGGGUUCACCGUCCGAUUUUGGGAGCGUCUUGGCUUUAAUAAUAAUAAUAAUAUAAAUAAAUAAACCCCAAAGCUGCUCAUCCUUAGCUCAGCACUACCAAGAUGCAUUUGAAAGUUUGGUGCUGUAAAUCUCAGGAGGGGCUGGCACGCAGGACGACACUCUGCAUGUUCAUUUGGGAGAUAGCCCCACCACUCUGCUUACACCCUGGGUGAGCGAGGUUCAGUUUACACCUCCAGUCCCUGUGCUGUCCCCCCACAGCCAGAGGCAGGAAGCCCCCGAAUGCUGUUUACUUGGAACUGCAGGUGGUGGAAAUGUGGUUGAACUAGAGUCCUGCUUGUGGUCCUCCCGGAAGAUGCAUCUGGUUGGCCACUGUGAGAAGAGGGUGAUGGGCUAGAAAUGCCUUUGGCCUGAUCCAGCGGAGCUGUUCUUACAAGUAGCAGUCGUGGGGAGGUAGGGGGGUCCCUUGCCUUCAUGCCCAGCCUCUGCGGGCUUCCUGGAGGAAUCUGAUUGGCUGCUGUAAGAACAAGAUGUUGGACUCCUUGCGUUCCUAACAUUUAAGCAGCAAGGCUUUGGCAUACCCUGUUCUCCCUUCCCUGCUGUUAACUCAGUCUGGAUCAAAAGGGGUCACAAAAACGAGCAGCUAAGCCGCGGGUGGCGCUAAGGGUUAAACCACAGAGCGUAGGACUUGCCGAUCAGAAGGUCGGCAGUUUGAAUCCCUGCGACAGGGUGAGCUCCCGUUGCUCGGUCCCUGCUCCUGCCAACCUAGCAGUUCGAAAGCACGUCAAAGUGCAAGUAGAUAAAUAGGUACCGCUCCGGCGGGAAGGUAAAUGGUGUUUCCGUGUGCUGCUCUGGUUCGCCAGAAGCGGCUUAGUCAUGCUGGCCACAUGUACGCCGGCUCCCUCGGCCAAUAAAGCGAGAUGAGCGCCGCAACCUCAGAGUCGGUCACAAUUGGACCUAAUGGUCUGGGGCCCCUUUACCUUUAAGCCAAAGUUUGGGUGGGGUGGGUGUGUCAAACUGGCUGCAUUUUUUCCGGCUCGGGGCACACAACAGCUCUGAAAAUCCGCAGGCCCGGCUGGAUGACAACCAAGCACCUCUGCAUGUGGAUGGCGAAAGCAUAAAAUGGAAGCAUGAGUGUGGAUGGGGUGGGGAGACCUAGCGUUCCGGCUUGGUUGGGGGGCAAACAGAAUCAAAAGCUUUCGCGUGGCUGCGUUUGCUGUGAAGGGCACUGCGUUGCUGGGGGGGAAAUGCACCUUUCUGGGAGGGCGCGAGCUCCCUCUAGGCGCUCCCUCCUGACCCGGCCGCUCACGGUCUCUGCUCUUCCUUUCCAGAUAAGCUGAAAUGCACCAAAGAAGAGCACCUUUGCACGCAACGGAUGUUGGACCAGACUCUGCUUGACCUGAACGACAUGUAAAAGACCCUGCCCGCCCGCCCAUCGGCCUCACCCUGGCUCCCCCACCCACCUACCCCACUGCCUUUUUGUAGCCAAUCCAGCGGGCAGCUUCCUGCUGGGGCCGGCUCUUGUCUUAAAAAAAAGAACGAAAAGUUGACCUCUAACCCUUGAAGGGUCAAAGGUUAACCUUCCCGCUCUCAUUGCCAACUUAACCAAAAGCCUCUGCCAAUCCACCUCCCCUCUAUCUUCCCUCCAGUCCCUCUGCACCCCCCUAAACGAUUAUGGGGCCAUCAGACUGGGCAGUUGCCAGCAGCAUCACGAAACGAAAACCCGGCACGCAACGCAAUAUUCGGGUGUCUGUGUGUCUGAAACGUACAUUCCUUUGCAGUCGUCGGGGGAGAGGGCAAUUAUUUUGGAGCAGGGAAGUAAAAACGCCCCUUGCGAGGAACAGCGUUUGUAAUUCCUAGGGCUCACAAGCUUGUGGGCUUUUAGAGGUUUGCGGUUUCACCUCCUUGACCUGCUUUUUUUUUCUUGCUGGGUUUUUUGGGGGGGGCAGGGUUUGGUUGGAAUGGGACACGUCUGCAGCCUGUGGAAAGGUUGCAAAUGUCCCGCCUGAGCCAGAUAAAUGGAAAAAGCCUCAUGAAAUUUAUUGAGGGGGACGGAAACGUGGCCUCUGUACAAAGAAAUCCCUCUUAAAAAUUUUUUUUAUGGGGGUGGGGGAGUACCUAGAACUUCUUUGCUUCUGGCAGAGGUGACCGUGUAUGUGUGUGUGUGUGUGUGUGUUUUGCCAAAAUGGUGCAGUCUUAACACACUCUCUUGUGCUUUAUAGCUAUUUCUAGUUUGGGGAACACAUAUAUAUCAAAAUAUAUCAGGUUUCACGAUCCAUUUCGCUCUCUAAACACGCACCUAACUCUUUUCCUCGAGCACCUUGGCCUUCUCCCCUCCUUCAAGCUUCUUACACCUGUUUACUAAGAGCAGGCUGCUCCCCAGUCUCCUGUAACCAAGAAAUCUCUCUUCCCCAGCUAGGCUUAGCUUGCUCUGUGCUUUUUUGAGUAAAAGCUUUUGUAGCUUCUGUGUAUGGGUGUGUGAGCAUGAGGAGAGGAGCUCUCUCUUUAUCCUAGUGCUCUUCCGGACGCAAGGGGUUGGUUCCCUCCCCUUCUUGAGCCGCAGGAUCUUACUGUACUGUCUUAAAACAAAAAAAAAAACUGGAUACCAGCCGCCACAAGGCCCUUUGCUGUUUGGAGACUUGAUUUAUCAAGGGGUGUGGGGUUUAUUUUUGCCUUUGUGUAAAAAAAAGGAGGGUGUUGCCUUGAAGCAGAGAGGAACAAGUGUUCAUGGUGUGGCGGUCUUUUUCUUUUUUUUUUUUAGCGGCCAGUGUGGAAAAAAUGAGGAACCAUAUCAAGUAUUUUGAUACUAAAAAACCUUGUCUUUUAUUGUCUGAUUUUUUGGGGAAAUAAUAAACAGAAGCAUUCCCUUCACUGUUGCAAUUUUCUUCUUGUAUUUCACAAGGGCCUUGUUAAUUGUUGAUAUUAAUGCGAGGAGUAAUUACCAGGAGGGGGGAGGAGAUGGCUUUACAGGUACAGUGGUACCUUGAUUCUCAAACUUAAUCCGUUCUGGAAGUCUGUUCCAAAACCACGACACACUUUCCCAUAGAAAGUAAUGCAAAAGGGAUUAAUCCGUUCCAGACUUUUAAAAACAACCCCUAAAACAGAAAUUUAACAUGAAUUUUACUACCUCUACAGUUGUUAGGGGACGUGGGUGGCGCUGUGGGUUAAACCACAGAGCCUAGAACUUGCCGAUCAGAAGUUCGGCAGUUCGAAUCCCUGCGACGGGAUGAGCUCCUAUUGCUCAGUCCCAGCUCCUGCCAACCUAGCAAUUUGAAAGCACGCAGUGCGAGUAGAUAAAUAGGUACCGCUCUGGCGGGAAGGUAAAUGGCAUUUCCGUGCACUGCUGUGGUUCGCCAGAAGCGGCUUAGUCAUGCUGGCCACAUGCAUGCCGGCUCCAUCGGCCAGUGAAGCGAGAUGAGCGCUGCAACCCCAGAGUCGUCCGCAACUGGACCUAACGGUCAGGGGUCCCUUUACCUUACAGUUGUUCUUAAUGGUUUUCUUGCCUUUGCUGCUUUUAUCCAUUUAAGCAAUCACACAAUCAAUCAAUCAGUAGCUGAACUGGGUUCCACACAGUCACAAAAACAAGUCACAAGCCACAGUCACGAAAAUGAAAAAGCCACACGAGCACAAAUGC